CUCCGCGUCAUUUCCUGUCAGGGGCGCAUGCGUCGGGGAACGGGAACGUCCCGCUAGCUAAUUCGGGACCAGUGUCUGGAGAUGCCUCUCCGGGCUUGACGCUCUCUAGACUCCGACUCGAAACGAAACCGGGAUGGUCGUGCAGCCGGCCCACACGUGGGGGCCUCCGAAUGCCAGCCCGCCCACGUUCGAGCCAAUCACACAGGGCGGCGGGCUGCUGUACGAAGGAUCUGAUGCCAAGUUCCAGGUCAAAGUACACGGGAACCCACCUCCCGAGGUGGUGUUCACGCGGCGGGGCAUGCCGCUGCGCAACGACCCGAGGCGUCAGGUGACUUACGACCCGACGACAGGCAUCUGCUGCCUGCACAUCCGCAACCUGACAGCCGAGGAUGACGGCGACUACAAUUGCUCGGCCGUCAACAUUGCGGGCGAGGCCUCGCUUACCCUUACCAUCCGCGCGGCGGCGGCAGCUGUUAUGCGUGGUCAGAUGCAACAGAUGACGACAGUUCAAAGGACGCAAGUCAUCGAUUCGAGGACACAAGUGCAAGAUGGCGUUUCGCCGAUCCACUACUUUGCUGGUCACGACCAGACUUUCAGAGUGGACACAUUCGAGUACCGGCUCUUACGCGAAGUGGAGUUCCGGCAGUUCCUGAUUGGACGCGAGCAGGCUCCUCAGCCGGCCAUACCAGGCGCGCCCAUUUCUGCACCUCAAAUUCAGGCACGACCUCGCAACUCCAAGCUUCUGGAAGGAUCUGAUGCCACGUUCACAGUUAAAAUCGCCUCCAAUCCUCCAGCACAGGUGUAUUGGUUCCGAAACGGCGAGCGCCUUCAAGCAUCGCAGAGGGUGAUCAUGGAGCAGCAAGGCUCGACUUACAUUCUCCGCAUCCACAUGGCUCUGCCUGAAGAUGCUGGCUACUACACAGUCCUCGCAGAAAAUAAUCAAGGCUGCGUUGCCUGCUCUGCGCACUUGGUUAUAGAAUCUAUGCCUAAGGCCGAGGAGCCAAGACAGCCAGACUCAUCCAGUUUCGUUAUGACAGAAACAUCACGAACGCUCAAGCCCAGCUUCAUCAAAAUACCCCAGGACCAGGAGGUCACCGAAGGCAAGAUGGUGCGCUUCGAUCUGCGCGUAUCGGGACGGCCAUUCCCAGACAUAACAUGGCUGCGGAACGGGGUUCCCGUCAACGACGACGCCACGCACAAGCUGCUGGUUAACGAAGGAGGCCAGCAUGCACUCAUGAUUACGGCGGCAUCCCGGGAGGACGCCGGCACGUGGACUUGCAUCGCCAACAACAAAAGCGGCGAGUGCCGCUUCGAAGUACACCUUGUGGUCAUCGAAAAGGAGCAGGUGGUGGCACCCAAGUUCGUCGAGCGCUUUCAGUCACUCAACGUGCGCGAGGGCGAGUCGGUGACGCUGCACUGCCGUGCCGUGGGUACGCCGACACCACGCAUUACCUGGCAGAAGGACGGCCGACAGGUCCACUCGCAGCCGCCCGACCUUAUCAUUGAGACGCAAGAAGGAAGCUCAGCGUUGUACAUGAACCGUGCCACCGUCUCAGAUUCGGCGUGGUACCAAUGCACUGCGCAAAACCAAGCGGGUUCGACGGCGACAAGGGCGCGACUACAUGUGAUAGCUGAACCGAAGAAGCACAGCGAACCAUGGUCGCUUCACCUUCCCAAGCCAAGUAAAGUUAUAUCGCCCGAGAAGUCGCCACCGCGCGAAACCAUCUGGCUGCGUCACGUGGAGCGCGCCUAUCAGCCAGUGCGGGGAUCGGAGGACGAGAGGGCGCCCCAGAAGCCGGCCUUCACUACACACUUGCAGGACCUGAUCUUGCACGAGGGCGAGCGCGGACACCUCGACGCUAGGCUGAUCCCCAUCGGGGACGAAACCAUGAUCAUUGAGUGGUUUUGUAACGGACGCCCUAUUGAAGCAAGCUCCCGUGUAAUGACCACGUAUCGCUUUGGAUAUGUGGCGUUGACGCUUCUGCAUGUCUAUCCUGAGGAUUCUGGCGUAUACGUCUGCCGGGCAGCCAACGAAGCCGGAGAGGCGACGACCACGGCCACACUGCGAUGCACAGCUCGGCCAGCAAUCGAACGCAAAGCUAUCCAAGAGGACAGUAUCAGAGCCAUUCAGGAACUGGAAGAUGCCGAGAAAUACUCCCGACAGAUCUCCAUCGACGAGACCGCAACUCUUACUAAGCCUGUAUUUAUCAGACCACUGAGCAACAAGGAGAACCUUCUCGAAGGAUCGAACUGCCACUUCGAAGCGCAGCUGACUCCUGUAAACGAUCCCACUAUGAAGGUGGAAUGGUACCUUAACGGCCAGCCGCUGACAACAGGCUCGCGCAUCAACAGCGCUUUCAGCUUUGGCUACGUCGCCCUGAACAUCAUGUCACUUCGUUAUGAGGAUUCCGGAGUGUACAUGUGCAGGGCCACUAACGCCAAGGGAGAGGCUGUCUCUACAGCGACCUUGAGGGUGAAAGUGCAAGGCCUUGUCACUGGAGACUCGGGCAUUCCCGAGCAAGAGGCUUACAUACGAAAGACGCAGGAGCUGGAAGCGUAUCAGAUGGCCCAGCAUGCGCCUAAGGAAAUAAUUUUCGAACCGGUUUCAACUAUGAAGCCCAACUUCAAGACAGGUCUAAGGGAUCAGCUGAAUGUGAAGGAGAACAUCACAGUGCACUUCGAAGCUCGCCUCGAGCCAAGCGGAGACUCGUCGAUGCGCGUCGAAUGGUUCAAAGAUGGACGUCCACUGGAAGCUAGCUCUCGAACUACGACUUUCUUCAACUUCGGUUACGUUUCUCUCACAAUUCGCGGAGUCGAGGCUCGCGACUCGGGUGUGUACACCUGUCAAGCAACCAACUCCAUUGGCUCAGCCACUACGCAGGCCCGCCUCAUCUGCGUGUCUCAAGCGUCAAUUGUUAAGGAGACGCAGCACCCUGGUGGCCUACAGAAGAUCCAACAUCUGGAAGAUUCCUCGCACUAUCAACGAUCCGAAUUCGAAGAGGUCUCCAUAAAGGAGAAGCCAAAGUUCACACAACCGCUUCAAGGACCCAAUGCCAUAAAGGAAGGUCAGAGCGUCCACCUCGAGACUCGCCUGGAACCAAUGGGUGACCCCAACAUGAAGGUUGAAUGGUUCCACAAUGGUCGUCCACUGGCUACUGGCCAUCGCUUCAAGACGUACUUUGACUUCGGAUACGUCGCUUUAGACAUUUUAUACACAUUCCCUGAAGAUACUGGCACCUUCGAAGUCCGUGCCACCAACAAACUUGGAACGGAUAUACUGAAGAAGGAGAUUCACGUGCAAGCGAAAGCUGCUGUUGACACAAGCGCCAUCCACGAAAUGGGGCUUGAGAAAAUUGAGUACCUUGAGGGGUCUGGUGUCGACCACAGCGGCUACCACAUCGAAGAAGUAACAAGGACUAAACCUUACUUUAAGGUUCCCCUUAAAGAUCCCAAGGGACCACUGAAAGAGGGAGAGUCUGUUGUAAUGGAGUGUGCCAUUGAACCUGUUCAGGACCCCACCAUGAAGGUGGAAUGGUUUUUCAACGGCCGCCCGCUGCCAACUGGUCAUAGGUUCAUUACGAAGUACGACUUCGGCCGGGCAUUCCUUCAGAUCUUAAACCUGGUUGCAGAAGAUACCGGACAGUACACUCUGCGAGCGACCAAUCAUCUUGGAUCUGCGCAUUCAACCUCAUGCAUCAAAGUUAUCGGCAAGUCAGGUGUAAUCACCGAGUCGCAGUACCCAGAAGGCUGGGAAAAGAUCCAGCACCUGGAAGACCACUCGCGCUACACCCGCCAAGAGCACCAAGAAAGCAUCAUCACCCAGAAACCCACAUUCAGCCGACCGCUGCAUAACGUGGAAACUGUAGAAGGCGCCAAUGUACACCUGGAGUGCCGGCUGCAGCCUGUUGGCGAUCCCACCAUGCGGGUCGAGUGGUUCAGGAACAGUGUGCCUAUCAAAGUCGGACAUCGAUUCAGACCUGCACACGAGUUCGACUACGUUGCCUUGGACAUCCUCAGCUUCUAUCCAGAGGAUUCUGGCAUCUACACGUGCAAGGCUACCAGCUCGCUCGGUGAAAAUGUGACAUCUUGCAGCGUGAACUGCUUCGCCAAGUCACAGCUCAUUUUGGAGUCCCAGCACCCUGAAGGUCUUCAAAAAAUACAGCAGCUGGAAGACCAGUCCCGCUACCGUCGCGAGAUCAUCGAGGAGACAACGGUUAAAACCAAGCCCACCUUCACAUCCAAUAUGACGUCUGUUAGCCUCCGUGAAGGACAGAAUGCCCACCUGGAGUGCCGCCUUGAGCCCGUGAACGAUGCUGACCUCAGGGUUGAAUGGUUCCACAACGGCGUCUCGCUUCCCAUCGGCCAUCGGUACCGACCCUUCCAUGACUUUGGCUACGUCGCACUCAACAUCCUGUCACUUGUGCCAGAGGAUUCAGGAACUUACACCGUGCGUGCCACGAAUUCCCUCGGAAAAGCCGAGAUUUCCACUACAAUUCUUGUCGAAGGAAAGUCGUCCAUUGACACGGACACUCAGCAUCCCGAGGGACUGCAGAAGAUCCGGGCCCUCGAAGGCCACCACUACGAGAGAGACACUGGAGACCUUGACCAGUCUGUUACGACAGCACCUGUGUUCACGUCGGCUCCUAAGUCCAUCGUGGUUCAAGAGGGACAAAAAGCACACCUUGAGUGCCGCCUGAUUCCAGUGGGAGAUGCCAAGCUCAAGGUUGAGUGGUUCAAGAAUGGCCAGCCGGUUCCGGCGGGAUCCCGUUUCGUCGAGAUGUGCAACUUCGGCUUCGUGUCUCUGGACAUCCUUAGCACGUAUGCUGAGGACUCCGGCACCUACACUUGCAAGGCCACGAAUCAGUUGGGAGAAGCUGUUGUAUCUGCCCAGCUCAAGUGUCAAGCUGAGAAAUCGCUGAUACUGGACACGCAGAACCAGGAAGCUUAUGAAAAGAUCCAGCAGCUUGAAGACUAUGGACGGCAAGUAAAGCCUGCCUACGUAGAAGAGAUUACAACGCAAGCACCCGUGUUUACACAAGCUAUGAAGAACCUCAGCCUCAAUGAAAAUCAGAGUGCUCACUUUGAGUGCAAGCUCAUACCAGUCGGUGACCCGAACCUUAAGGUGGAGUGGUUCCACAAUGGACUUCCUCUGCAGAAAGCUAACCGAGUGAACACCAUUCAUGACUUUGGAUUCGUUGCUCUUGACCUGAGUUACGUCAAGGCCCAAGACUCAGGCACUUAUACUUGCAAGGCAACCAACUCUCUGGGAUCUGCUGUUUGUUCAGCCACUCUCAACGUCCAAGAUUCUAAAUCUCUGGUGUUCGACACUCACCACCCCGAGGGACUUCAGAAGAUUCGACAGCUUGAAGAACUGGGACGCUACAAGCCAGAAGUAACUCAAGAAGCCCCGUGCCCGGGUCCACCGAUGUUUGUCACGCAACUGCAGGGUCCAAGUCGCCUUACAGAGGGUGAAAGCGCUCACCUAGAAUGUCGCAUUGCCCCAUACCCCGAUUCCACUAUGAAGGUUCAGUGGUUCCACAACGGCGUCGAGCUGCAGUCUGGUCAUCGUUACCGAACAAUGUACGACUUCGGUUUCUGCGCCUUGGACAUCCUAUCCGCAAAUGCUGAGCAUUCUGGCGAAUACGUAGUCCAGGCCACAAAUGAACUUGGUACCGCAAGGUCCACGGCACGCAUUCAUGUCGAUGCCAAAGGAGGCGUCAUCCUCGAAAGCCAGCAACCAGACGCCCUGCCGAAAAUAAAGCAGCUAGAGGAAUCGUGCGGCUUCAUCAGACCAACGCAGGAGGAAGUUGUUAUUAAGGAGAAGCCUAACUUUGUUCGUGGUCUUUACAACUUGGAUACUCUGAAUGAAGGCCAAAGCGCUCAUCUUGAGGCUACACUGACACCAAUCAAUGACGCGAACAUGAAGGUCCAGUGGUUCCACAACGGCGUUGAAAUUCCUCUCGGUCACAGAUUCAAGACAGUGUCUGAUUUUGGCUAUGUGGCCCUCAACAUUCUCUACGCGUACCCAGAGGAUUCCGGAACAUACAUGUGCAAGGCGACCAACAAACUUGGUGAAGCCGUCACUACAUGUUCCAUUAACGUUCUCGGAAAAUCUGCCAUUGUGACCGACACGUACCAUGAGAAAGGCCUGGAGAAAAUCAGGCAACUUGAGGAGUACCAGGCUCCAGAGAAACCCGAGCAAGUGAUUCAGCUGCAGCGGCCGGUGUUCACAGUACCUCUCAACUCAGUGGAUGGUCUCAUUGAAGGACAGACCGCUCACAUGGAGUGCAGACUUGAGCCCAUCAACGAUGCUGAUCUCAAAGUUCAGUGGUACGUCAAUGGCGUCGAAAUCAGGCCAGGACAUCGGUUCCGAACAACGCAUGACUUCGGAUAUGUGGCCCUUGACAUAUUGUAUGUGUAUGCUGAAGACAGUGGGACCUACAUGUGCAAGGCAACCAACUCUCUCGGCGAAGCGGUUACAACGUGCAACCUGCGGGCGCUCCCCAAGCAAAAGAUCUUCUACGAUACACAUCACCCGGAGGGUCUUGAGAAAAUACGAGAGCUGGAGGCACAAGUCAAGUACCAGACGGCUGAAAUUCAAGAGAAGCCCGUUUCAAAGCCUGUGUUCAUCACUGAACUGAGGGGAACGCAGGAGAUCUCAGAAGGCGAAAGUGCCCACUUGGAGUGUCGCGUGGAACCAGCCCACGACGCCAAGUUGAAGAUUGAGGUUCUUCACAAUGGAAGGCCCCUUACAGCUGCGACCCGCGUUCACAUCACCAGUGACUUCGGCUAUGUGGCGAUAGACCUGAGCAGCGGCAUUCCGGAAGACUCCGGCACUUACACGGUCCGCGCCACUAAUGACCUCGGAACAGCUGAAACAACGGCCACGCUGCGUGUUCUGCCCAAAUCCAGCAUCAUCUCCGACACCCAGCACCCAGAAGGACUUGCUAAGAUCAGGGAAAUGGAAGAUGAGGCUCGCUUUAAGCAUGAAGUCAUUCAGGAGCCAGUCACCUACCAGAGGCCUGUAUUCACGGUUCCUCUACAAAAUCUGGAGAACCUCGUAGAAGACCAGAGAAACGUGCAUCUGGAAUGCAGACUAAUUCCCGUCGGAGAUCCAACUCUCAAUGUCCAGUGGUUUUUCAAUGACACACCACUAAUGGAAGGCACGAGAUUCCACCCAGUCCACGACUUCGGCUACGUUGCUCUUGACAUGGACUACGUGCGUCCAGAAGACACCGGCGUCUAUGCGUGCAAAGCCACCAAUUCUUUGGGUCAGGCGGUGACCACGUGUAUGCUCAAAGUUAAGCCCAAGGCCUCCAUUCUGUUGGACACCCUGCAACCCCAGGGUUAUGAGAAGAUUCGCGAGCUAGAAGACUUGAAGGGUCAGAAGCCUCCAGAGAAACCGGACGCCGUAUACGAAAAGCCCGUUUUUACCACCCCCUUGGUUGGGCCUGGAGAGAUAAACGAGGGACAACCUGCACGUCUGGAGUGCCGCUGCGUCCCUGUCGGAGACCCCGAUCUGAAGUUCUUCUGGUAUGUCAACGGCAUCGAGCUCCCCAAAGGUUCAAGGCUUAUCCCUAACAACGACUUCGGAUUUGUGACGCUCGACAUCAUGUCAGGAAUUUCAGAAGACUCCGGAGUCUAUAUGUGCAAAGCAGUCAAUAAAGCUGGCGAAGCUGUCACCUCAACUUCCCUUCGAGUGAAAGGCCGUGCGGGAGUGCUGCUUGACUCCCACCACCCGGAGGCAUACAGGCAGACGCAGAAGUUUGAGUAUGACUCCAGCCGUGUUCCAGAGACUUGGUCCGACGAGAAGCCUAAAGUGGCUCCAGUGUUCGUGCAACACUUGAAUAACAUCGACGGCGCUGUGGAGGGUCACUACCUUCGCAUCGAGGGCCGCAUCGAACCUAUCAAUGACGACAAACUCAAAGUUAAAUGGUUCAAGAACGGCAAGCCUUUGGUCAUGGGUACCAGAAUCAAACCCACAGACGAUUUCGGCUUAGUUUCCCUGGACAUAUCAAGCGCAAGACCUGAUGAUUCUGGUAUUUACACAUGCAAAGCCACAAACGACGUUGGCGAAGCAAUCUCGACAUGCACAAUCAAGGUGGAAGGCCGCGAAAACAUCAUUCUAGCUUCCCAGCAUCCUGACUCGCUGCCCAAGAUUCGCCAGCUCGAAGAGUACGUUCCACCAGAGAAGUACGUGCCUGAGCCAGAAUACGAAGGACCGGUGUUCGUCACGCAUCUCAACAACUUGGAGAUCCGUGAAGGCGCCACGGCCCACUUCGAGUGCCGCGUGGAGCCGUCCAAGGACCCCACGCUCAAAGUGGAAUUCCUCAAGAACAACAAGCCAGUUCCUGCUGGUUCCAAAUACAACUUCAACAACGACUUUGGUUUCGUCACCCUGGAUGUCGGCAAUGCAUUUCCUGAGGACUCUGGCAUCUACACGUGCAGAGCUCGCAACUCGAAGGGCGAGGCAGUCACCACCGGGUCUCUCAAAGUACAAGGCAAAAGUGGCGUGCAGUCCGACACUCUUCAUCCAAUGGGCGCACAGGGAUUGUCCAAGGUCCAGGAGCUAGAGACUUCAUACCUGACCAGAUACCAGGCUCCCGUCGAGGAAGCAGAGAAGGUGUACCCACGGCCAGUGUUUGUGGUGCCGCUUGAGCCGAACUUCUCCAUUCAAGAAGGUAGUCCGGUCACCCUAGAAUGCAAGGUGGAGCCAGCAGCUGACCCGAAGCUCAAGGUGGAGUGGUUCCUGAACGGAAAGCCGCUUGCGCCAGGAUCCAGGUACACUGUGACCCAUGACUUUGGCUUCGUUGUACUUGCUCUCACCGACUUCUGGGGACGAGACGCUGGCGUUUACACCUGCCGCGCGAGCAACGACGCUGGCGAAGCCUUCACCACGACCACGAUUACAUGUCUUUCCCGCAAGGGUGUGCAGGAGGACACGCUGCAUCCAGAAGGUCGCAAGGGGCUCGAGUCCAUCCAGCACUUGGAAGAGUCGCUGACGCGUGUGCCCGAAAUGGUCCAGGAGGACGCUGCGGGCCAGCCUCCCGUAUUUACGUCACAGUUCGUCAAUCUUAAGGACCUGAACGAAGGCGAGAUCGCUCACUUCGAGGCCACACUGACACCGGUCGGCGACCAGACCAUGCAGGUCGAAUGGUUCUUCCGCGGCAAGCCGCUCAAAGCAGGGCACCGCAUCCGGACGGUACAUGCGUUCGGCAUGGUGGUGCUUGAGAUCUUGGGCACAGUGCUGGAGGACUCUGGCCGCUACACGUGCCGUGCCACCAACAAGUGGGGUAAGGCCGAAGUCACCGUCGACCUCGAGUGUACCGACAAGACCAAGGGACAGCGGCCGCAAUUCACCACGCAACUGCAGAACCUCGUGGACCUCAAGGAAGGAAACAGUGCUCAUCUGGAAUGCCACCUGGUUCCCGUUGGCGACCCAGACAUGAAGGUCGAGUGGUACAAGAAUUCGCAACCACUUCGCGACAGCUCACGCAUCAAGACACUGAGCGAUUUCGGCUACGUGGUGAUGGACAUCUCGUUCGUGCACGCCGAAGACUCUGGCGAUUACGUCUGCGUGGCCACCAACAAAUACGGCUCCGAUGCGACCAAGUGCACCAUUCAGUGCGCAGGCUCUGGAAAGAUAUUCAGGGAGUCUCUGCAGCCUCAGUCUCUUGACAGGAUCGCUGAAUUGGAAGGCGCCUCGUCUCGAACCAGGACUUCGGCCGUUAUUGAGGCCACCAGGCUUCAGCCGCCCAAGUUCCUAUCGCAGCUGAACAGUAUCACAGGUCUGGCUGAAGGCCAGAGCGCCCACUUCGAGUGUCAGCUCGUGCCAGUCAACGACCCCGACCUAACGGUCGAGUGGUACUUCAAUGGACAGCUUCUGCGCUCCGGCCAUCGUUUCCGGACGUUCCACGAUUUCGGUAUUGUAAUUCUGGACAUCCUCUACUGCUACGGUGAAGACUCGGGUGAAUGGGUCUGCAAGGCAACCAACAAGCUUGGCUCAGAUGUGACACGUGCCACUCUUCAGUGCAAGUCCAAGAGCUCCUUGAUUCUGACACCUCAACUUCCACCUGAAAUGGCAUCGGGAACGCAGAGCAUCAUCGCUCUCGAAGAAAGCUUGUACCGCUCGUCGGCGGUCGUAGAGCAAGAAGGCCCUGCCGAGGCACCUCGCUUCACUGUGCCGCUGAGCAACGUCGAAGAUCUGAGGGAAGGAGACAAUGCUCACUUAGAAGCCCGGCUGACGCCAACAGACGACCCAGACUUGACCGUAGAAUGGUUCAAGAACAACAUGCCACUGAUGUCAGGAACGAGAAUCCGGACCAUCAAUGACUUCGGCUUCGUGGUACUCGAGAUGAGUCCCGUGUACCCGGAAGACUCCGGCGUCUACUCCUGCCGAGCUCGAAACCGCUUCGGGGAGGCCGUCACCACCUGCACUCUCAAGUGCCAAGGAAAGCGUAGCAUCAUUCUGGAAACCCAGCUGCCAGAAUCGAUGACAACAGGUAUCGAGAAGAUUGCCAAGUUUGAGGAAGUUUCCUCCGCCAGGAUUGGCGAGACCUGGACAGACAAAGACAACUUUCAGCCGCCGAAGUUCGUAACUACACCGCAGGACCUGACGCUGGCUGAGAACUCCUUGGCACAUUUCGAGUGCAGGCUGACACCAGUGGGCGACCCUACGCUGAGAGUGGAUUGGUACCACAAUGGCAAACCUCUUGUCACCGGCUCUCGAGUGAAGACAAUCCACGACUUCGGCUACGUCAUCCUGGAAGUGGCGGGUGUCUAUCCACGAGACUCGGGCGUUUACACGUGCAGAGCCGUCAACAAGGUUGGCGAAGCGUCGGUCUCCUGCAAGCUCGCCGUCAAGGGCAAGCAGUCUAUUGUUAUGGAGCCACAGCUACCUCAAGAGUUCCGUUCUGGUUAUGAGAGCAUUCAGAAGUUGGAAGAAUCAAUGUACCGAACUGAAGAGAAGAUCUUCGACGAUGACAAGAAGGAGCCACCAAAGUUCGUUACACAGAUCCAGGCUCUGCUUGACAAGGUCGAGGGCGACAGUGCUCACUUUGAAUGCAAGCUUAUCCCCGUUGGAGAUCCGAAUAUGAAAGUCGAAUGGUUCUUGAACGGACGGCCACUGGUCACUGGUACACGUGUUCAUACCAUCGAUGACUUCGGCUUCGUGGUGCUGGACAUCGAUUGGUUGUUCCCUCGAGACUCUGGAGAAUACAUGUGCCGGGCCACGAACCGUUGGGGUUCGGACACGACCAAAGCAACUCUCAAGAUCAAAGCUAAGAAAGACAUCAUCAUGGACAGCCAGCUGCCGCAGGGCAUGAAUGUUGACAAACUGCGUGACUUGGAGUACCCGGCACCACAACAAGAAACCAUUCAGGAGCUUGAACCGGUUAAGCCCAGGUUCAUCACCCAGAUACAGCCUCAAGAAAAUCUUAAUGAAGGUGACUCAGCGCAUUUCGAGUGUCGCUUGGAGCCCAUCAACGAUCCAAAAUUGAGAGUGGAAUGGUACCACAACGGACAGCCUCUAAGAUCAGGCCACCGCUUCAAGACGACCCACGACUUCGGCUUUGUUGCUUUGGACGUGUUGUAUGUCUACCCUGAGGACUGUGGAACAUAUGUCGCUCGGGCUAUAAACGAAGUAGGCGAAGACCAAACCCAGGCCACCCUCAGAUGCAUAGCAAAGCCAAAGCUGGACUACAGGACACAACUUCCUAAGGACAUGAAGGAUGGCGUCAAGAAGAUCGCUGAAAUGGAAGCUUCCUGGCAGCGCACUGAAACCCAGGAGGAAGUGGAAGAGGAACCAAAAGCUCCGAUGUUCAUUAUGAAGCCAGAACCUCAAGUGGUUGUUGAAGGCGAAUGGGCUAAGUUCCAGUGCCGGGUCAUCGGUCAUCCCAAGCCAAGGCUCAUCUGGGUUUUGAAUGGACACACGGUCAUUUCCGGUUCGAGGUACAAGCUGACAUACGACGGUAUCUACCACCUGGACAUCCCCAAGAGUAGACAGUACGACCAAGGAAAAGUAGAAGUUUUCGCGAGAAACUUCUGCGGCGAAGCCUACUGCUUCACAACUUUGGAAGUUCGGCCUAAAUUUGAUGACUAUAGAGCCGUGCUCAAGCAUUCUCCAAAGCCAUGGUAUGACCAAGACGUAAAGUCUUAUCAGAGGUACCGACAUGAGACUGAACUUCAACGAGUGUUCGAGGAAAAACUUACCCCUGGAGGGACCCGCAUCGACGUCUGGAAGACUGAACAAGGCCAAGAAGGCGAACACCAAAAGAUCAAGAAGAGGAUAGAAGAGGAAGAACUUGAAAAGCUGAAGCCGAAAGUGGAGCGGUUCAAGACGGACUCUAUUUACUACGACGCACGCACGGGCGAGAAGAAGGUGGAAACGGGCUCCCAGGCGCAGUACAUGGCCAAGUACUUCGAGACCGAGGCGGAGAAGCAGCAGCGGGGUCCCAGUGGCUUAGCGCCCGAGUCAGUGGUGCAGGGCCGCGAAGUGCACACGACCACGCAGCGCCAGACGCAGAAGGAGCAGCAGGGUGACCUAGAGAUCACCCGCAAGAAGACACUGACCGAGACGCUCGAGCAGGAGCACAAGGGCGUCACCAAGGAACAGCGCGUACAGGGGCCCGUGCAAGAGUCGAAGCCUCCCGUAUUCACCAAGAAGCUACAGCCGUGCCGCGUGGACGAGGGUCACGGAGCCAAGUUCCAGUGCACGUUCACCGGCCAGCCGGCGCCGAAGAUCACGUGGUUCCGAGAGAAUUUCCCUAUAACACCUUCGCAGGACUUCCAGAUUGUGACUACCGACACCACAUCAACGCUGAUAAUUCGCGAAGUUUAUGUGGAAGAUUCUGGUGUCUUCUCGGUCAAGGCUGAAAACCGGGGAGGCUCUGCCAAAUCAUCUGCCAACUUGGUUGUCGAAGAGAGGCGAGAGCAACGCAGCGGGGUCGUGCCGCCAAACUUUACAAGGACCAUCCAGGACGUUUCGUCGAAGGCCGGCAAGUUGGUCCGCCUCGACGCCAAGGUCUCGGGAUCGAAGCCGUUGGAUGUCUAUUGGCUGAAGAACGGCAAGAAAGUGACGCCCGACGUGUCACACAAGAUCGUGGAGGAGGACGACCUGUACACGCUGCUCAUUUUGGAGGCCCAGGCGGACUCAGACUCCGGAAGCUACGAGUGUGUCGCCAUCAACUCGGCUGGAGAAGCACGCUGCCAGGCUCACGUGGUGAUCGAAGGCGCCAAGCCCAAGACUCCGCCCACGAGCCCCAAGGAGGCGCCUGGAGACCAGAAGCCACCCACGGUGACAGAGCCGCUCAAGCCACUCGCCGUCAAGGAAGGCCAGAGCGCCGUCUUCCGCUGCAGGAUACCAGCCGUCCCUGGAGCUCAAGUAAAAUGGUUCCGAGGCGACCAGCAAGUCAAGCAGUCCCGGUACUUCCGCAUGUCCCAAGAGAACAACCUGUUCACGCUCAAAAUCUCUGAAGCGUUCCCGGAAGACGAAGGUGUCUACAAGUGCGUCGCCACCAAUCCGGCAGGCACUGUGUCUACCAGCGCCAACCUUAAAGUAAUCGUGCCCGAGCUGAACGAAGUGCCGCCGACGGUCACUCCUCUGGCCGACCUGACCGUGCCCGAGGGCUCGCCUGCCCGCUUUGUCACAUCCCUGGGAGGCGUGCCACCACCCAAGGUCAUCUGGGUCCGCGAGGGCCACAUCAUCAAGCAGUCCCGUGAUUUCCAGAUGAACCAAGACCAAGGCUCAGCAUCUCUGGUCAUCAGGCACACGUAUCCCGAAGACGAAGGCGUCUACGUUUGUCGUGCCACCAACGCCUCGGGCCAAGCCGAGACCUCUGCCCGGCUUACCGUGCAACGAAAAACAGAGGAGCAAAAACCAGUGCGCGUCAUGGGCCCCCAGGGCAUGGCCCCGCAGAUCACCAAGCAACCAGAGUCGCGUUCUGCCAAGCCCGGCCACAAGGUGGACUUCAAGGCUAUCGCUACUGGUUCGCCAGCGCCUGACAUUACGUGGUACAAAGAUGGUAGACCCGUCAGCUCAACCAUCGGAGACAUCGUGGUGAGCACAACACCCAUUUCGCAAGAGGAGGUCACGACCACGCUCACCAUCAGUAACGUGACUGUCGAAGAUGCAGGAAAAUACGUUUGCGUCGCUACGAACUGCUGGGGUCGAGCCGAGAGCAUUCAGGUCACCUUAGAGGUCAAAGGAGGCAAGGAGCCACCGCGGUUCAUCGAACAGCUGGAGCCUGUGGCAGCUACAGAUGGCUCUCCUGCGAUUCUACGCUGCACAGUAGUCGGCAGCCAGCCAAUACAUAUCAAAUGGUUUCAAAACAGACGAGAAGUUAAAGACACGAAAGACUUUCAAAUGCACUACGAUCCCCAGACUGGCCUAGUCUCGCUUACCAUUCCGGAGAUUUACCCAGACGACCAGGGCCUGUACACGUGUCGAGCAUUCAACGAGUACGGCCAAGACGAGACGUCUGCGGCUGUCACCGUGGUCGACGUGGAAUUCUUCGGAGGAACGUCAGACGUGUCAGUGCAGCCGCGGUUCGUGCAGCCGCUUAGGCCCAUGGCUUACCCUGAGGGAGAGCCUGCAAGGUUAAGCGUGGAAGUUCACGCUGUGCCCAACCCAGAUUUUAACUGGUUCUUUGAGGGAAAGUUAUUGAAGUCAUCCAGGGAUUUUCUCGUGACGUCUGAAGGCCUCAAGAGCUCCCUUGUUAUUGCUGAAUUAUUCCCCGAAGAUGCUGGGCCCUACGAGUGCAGGGCACAGAACCCUGCGGGCAGAGCAACGACAUCCGCCAAUCUUCGUGUUAUUCAAGAGCAGUCGCUGCCAACAUCGCCACUAAGCAAAGUAGGACCUGGAGCUGAGCCCACAGAAAUAAGACCGGCUUCGCCACCCGAGAGCUUUACACAACUAAAGCCACCCGUCUUCACAAGAAACUUGGUAUCCCAAACUGUCGUUGAAGGAUCACCAGUUACGUUUGUUGGAGAAGUUACAUCUUUUCCUGAAGUUGUUUCAUUUACAUGGUACCUGAACGGGAAAGCUAUUAAGUCUUCUAGAGAUUUUCAAAUAUAUAACGAAGGCAACAGGACGACUCUCAAGAUAGCAGAAGUGUUUCCUGACGAUGCGGGAACUUUCUCGGUGACAGCGGAAAACCCUGUUGGCAUCGCAACUUCAAAGGCAAAGUUGACGGUGGAAGAGGAAGCCGUUGAGGGUGCAGCGGUAGAAGCUCCUAGGUUCUUGACUGAGCUUACACCAGUGACAGUGAUGGAUGGUGGUGAAGCUAAGCUUUCUGUUUACGUCACUGGAAAACCGCAGCCACGUGUCACCUGGCUGCAUAACGAUAGAGAAGUGAAAGAAAACUCGGAUGUCUGGACGACGCAAAGGACAGAUGGCUACUGCGAAUUGUUCAUCUCUGAAGCUUUUCCAGAGGAUAUGGGAGAAUACAUCUGCAAGGCAGUGAAUAUAGCUGGAACUGCCGUUACGCGGACGCAUAUCAAUGUGGAAUCGUACGAGUACGUUCCAGACUCUGAAGUUGCGUCGGCAACUUACGACACCCCUGGGACCGCACAUACCCACGACCAUACUCAAGAAGAAUCUUAUGACACGUUGGACACAAUGCCCAGCGUUUCUGAGAUGGACGAGUCCGAUAUGGAAAGGAUACCAGAUCUUCCUAGGGAUGACGGCCGGCCACCCAGGAUGCCAGGCGACAAGCACAAGCCUCGAAAAUCUCAUCAUAAGCGAAGAAAAAAGAAGGUGUCUCGAGGUUCCACAAGUGUGCCCAAGGAAGCCAUUCCCGUGUGUUACGAGCCAGUACAACCCUGGGAACGUGGGCGAAGGAAAACGUCGGACCCUGGCUCAGCACCUGUUGUGGUUGUACCUUUGGAAGAUGUUAUAGUACCUUUGGGCCAGCCAGCAACGUUGGACUGCAAAGCUGUUGGAAUGCCAAAACCGAAGAUAACCUGGUACCGAAAUGGAGUACCGAUAAAGCAUUCCUUCGAAUAUCAGCUCUACUAUGAACCCCAGGGUAUUUCGUCUCUUACAAUAGCCCACACAGAGCUUGAAGAUUUUGCAGAAUACGUGGUGGAAGCCAAGAACCGCUACGGUAUUGACACUACCCGUGCAGAGCUGAUACAGCUGGAUCUGAAUUCCAUGAGGCCCAUGCGACGAAUACAUAGAUCGGAUCAUCGCCUGAGCCUUGACUUUAAGAGCAUGCGGCCGCGGUUCGAAGUGCCCCUGCAGAGCACAUACCACAAGCCUUUGGGAUUCCCUGUGACGCUCGAGUGCACCGUACGGGGACGUCCAAAGCCUAACGUUCAGUGGUUCCACAAUGGCGUCUUGAUCGAGCCAAGCUACAUGCCUGUCUACAAAAUAACACUUCUGAGUGACAAGAGCAUGCUGCACAUCACCGAAAUGAUGCCUGCGACCGAAGGGCGCUAUGUCUGCAAGGCUGUAAACGAGGCCGGAGAAAAAACCACUGAGUGCAUUCUUCAUGCUGGAGAACCUGAGGAACACAAGCCGGAUGAAUUCCACCCACCACAAGAGGAAAAGCCGCACAAGGUUCCUGCGUUUCUUCAGUCCAAACAACCACGAAGGAAGCCAUCAGAUGACGAAUACCAAAGCUUUGAGUCAGAGUCGGAAUUGAGCUUUAAGGAAACAAUCGUGCCACAGAUCCGCAAGCUGUCAAGGCCGAAAGAGUCCCCGCCACCUGAAAAGCCGGAGAAGACGGCGAAAGAGAGCGCCAUCGAAUUCCUCACCACUGUUCUAAAGCCAACAUGGCCGUUCAGUAUGUUUCGUUCUGCUUCGCCAAAGGAAGCACCGAAGGAAGAGGAACAGCCCGAGAGGCCGCCGAGCGUCGAGAGACCGCCGAGCGUCGAGAGACCGCCGAGUGCCGAGAGGCCACCGAGACUGCCCGAACGGGAGAGGUUCCCCAGCGCCGAGAGGCCACCCAGGCCCGAGAGGCCGCCGAGCACUGAGAAGACAAGGCCUGGAAGGCCACCAAGGGCUGAACCGCCGAGGCCCCUCAGGCCGGGAGAGCUCGCUGAAAGGCCGCCCGUCACUGAGCCCGUCCAACGCAAGGAGCCCCCGAGGCCGGAGUCGCCCUGGUUCCUCGAACCCACCGAACCAUAUCAAACUGAAAGGCCUCCUUCCGUCGAGAUGGACAGGUUGGCGCCAAGAGACGCUAGAAAGCCACCAAGUGGACGAAGGACUCCUGAAGCUCCUGAAAGAAUGCCACCUGAAGAAUUUGUCAAGUGGAAACCGGGACAUCGCAGAACGUCUGAACCUGGGAUGCCUCCCAAAUUCGUUGCUCCAUUGGAGGACGUCGAAGUCCUUGUGGGAUACCCUGCAACGCUUGACUGCCGGGCGAUCGGAGUUCCAAAGCCUAAAAUAACAUGGUACAAACAAGGCCAGCCGGUGAAGUAUUCUCCUGAAUACAGCUUGUACUACGACACUGAAGGCAACUGCUCUAUAACUAUACACAGGACAACGCCAGAGGACUUUGGCGACUUCAUCUGCGAAGCAAAGAACAAAUACGGAACUGAAGUUACAGAGGCUGAGCUCAUUCAAAUAGAUAUGAAGUCAAUGCUGCCAAUGAGGAAGACCCCAAAGAAGGUUAACAAGCUUGAUCUAGAGUUUGUGCCGAUGAAGCCACGAUUUGAGCAGCCUUUGAUAAGCGAGGUACGAGCCCCACUUGGCAUGCCAAUCACUUUGGAAUGCGUGGCAAGGGGACGUCCACCGCCAGAAGUACGAUGGUUCCACGAGGACAAGCCGAUACUUCCAGACGACACAGAGAGCACAAUAUACAAAGUGACCAUCUUGAGUGACAAAAAUCUCCUUCACAUCCUGGAGGUAAACGAAAGAACGCAAGGGCGAUACGUCUGCAAAGCCACAAAUGAAGCAGGAGAGCGGGUGACUGAGUGCUUUGUGACUAUAGGCGAACCUGAAGAACGCAAAGAGCAGGAGAAGAUGGAAAAGAUAAGCACUGAAGCACUAGUGUCAACUGAGGACACUGUAUUUUUAAAACCUAUAAGUCAUGAAAAAUUCUUUAUUAAGACAGCUGAGGAAAGAAAAAUGCCUGAAGAAGAAUCCUUUAUUGACCAGUUACCAAGAAGGGCAACUGUUGAAGCUUACCCACAAGUUGAAGCCACAAAACUUUUCAUACAAGAAGAAAUCUCUGUUCAGAAAAAGUUUGUCAAAGAGGAAAUAACUCAAGAGGAAAUAAAAGAGACAAAGCAAGCAGUCAAACAAAGGCCAGAGCCUGUGGAACAUGUCCCAGAAUUUUUAAAAAAAGUACUAAAGCCAAUACCUCGACAUCAGCAAGUAAUGCAAGAAAAAGUUGACAUAUCAGAAAUUUCUGACUUUGAAACACUCCCGAAACCUGAGGAAGAACUGCCACAUGCUUUGCCAGAAAUACUGCAGGAAAGUGACCAACCUCUAAAACAUCAAGCAUCACAGGACAAGCAGCCUAAAAAGAAAGUGCCUUUGCCUCAACAAGAAGAACCUGAAAUGCCAGAGUUUUUAACAAAAACAUUGAAACCAACAGAAAAGUUCCGCAAGAAAGAUAUUGCAGAAAAAGUAGAGGAAUCUGAACUUCACAAAUUCACUAAACGAAAAGUGGCAGUGCCAGAGCAAGCGGAUCAGAAAGAAGAAUACACUGAAACAGAAGAGGUCACUGAGAUCAGCAGGCUACAAAAACUGAAAAAGCCAGAGCAAAGACCAGAACACAGAGAUGUACCCCUGACAGAAGAGACGAGUGAAGUGAGCGAUUUCAGAUACCCAGCAUGGCAGAAGGAGAAGCCACUUGACCAAAAACCAAAAGACAAACCUGAAGUUGAACAAAUUCAACCUACAAAGAAAGAAAAGCCCGAGAAGAUCACACCUAAAGCCAUCGAGAUAACAGAGGCACCUGUUGCAGACAGACAUCAGCUACCAAUUGACGCUGAAGAAGUGGAGAAACCAGAAAAGCUCACACCAAUAGAUUACAAAGCUCCAGAAGUAUAUGAAAAGAAAGCAACCAUCAAAGUUUUCCAAGUACCAAAACCAAGAAUACCAGGAAGAAAACAAAUAACACAAGAGCUUCCACUUCUGCAAGAGACCAAACAAAUCAUUCAAGUUGAAUCAAUAAAGAAAACUGAGGAAAUUAUACCACCAAUGUACCGGGAACCAGCAGAACACAAACCUGAAGAAAAGUCAGAAGUCCAAGAAAUCACAAUAGUGAAAAAGAAGGAAACGCCACGAAAAAUUACAACUGAGGCUGUCGAAAUUCCAGAUAUCACUGAUGUCAAGACUAUCCAGCGCACAGAUAUCAUCAGUGAAUCCCUAGAAAGGCCUAAAGAAAUUGCUGAGGUUGAAUACAGGAUGGAAGAGGUGGUUGAAGAAACUGAAACCAUUGAAUUGGCCAAGGCGCCUAAGCCAAAAAAGCCUAAGAAAAAGAAGAAACCUGAAGAGGAGGACGAAGUGCCAGUUGUGGAAGAGACAGAGCAAAUAGUAGACCUCGCAGCGAAAGCACGGCCAAAGGAAGAGAAACCAAAGGAAGAACCAGUGGUUGAAGAAAUAACUAUCCUUAAGAAAGAGGAAAAGCCAAGAGAAAUCACGACUGAGGCAGUGGAAAUUUCAGAUAUAACUGAUGUUAAGACUAUCCAACGCACAGAUAUCAUCACUGAAUCUCUGGAAAGGCCUAAAGAAAUUGCUCAUGUUGAAUACAAGACAGAGGAAGUCAUUGAAGAGACAGAAACAAUUGAAUUGGCCAAGGUACCUAAGCCAAAGAAGCCAAAGAAAAAGAAGAAACCUGAAGAGGAGGAGGAAGUGCCAGUUGUGGAAGAGACAGAGCAAAUAGUAGACCUCACGGCGAAAGCACGGCCAAAGGAAGAGAAGCCAAAGGAAGAGCCAGUGGUUGAAGAAAUCACUAUCCUUAAGAAAGAGGAAAAACCACUAGAAAUCACGACUGAGGCUGUGGAAAUUCCAGAUAUCACUGAUGUUAAGACUAUCCAGCGCACAGAUAUCAUCACUGAAUCUCUGGAAAGGCCUAAGGAAAUUGCUCAUGUUGAAUACAAGACAGAAGAAGUAGUUGAAGAGACUGAAACGAUUGAAUUGGCCAAGGUACCUAAGCCAAAGAAGCCAAAGAAAAAGAAGAAACCUGGAGAGGACGAGGAAGUUCCAGUUAUAGAAGAGACAGAGCAAAUAGUAGACCUCGAGUCGAAAGCACGGCCAAAGGAAGAGAAGCCAAAGGAAGAGCCAGUGGUUGAAGAAAUCACUAUCCUUAAGAAAGAGGAAAAACCACUAGAAAUCACGACUGAGGCUGUGGAAAUUCCAGAUAUCACUGAUGUUAAGACUAUCCAGCGCACAGAUAUCAUCACUGAAUCUCUGGAAAGGCCUAAGGAAAUUGCUCAUGUUGAAUACAAGACAGAAGAAGUAGUUGAAGAAACUGAAACGAUUGAACUGGCCAAGGUACCUAAGCCAAAGAAGCCAAAGAAAAAGAAGAAACCUGAAGAGGAGGAGGAAGUUCCAGUUAUAGAAGAGACAGAGCAAAUAGUAGACCUUGAGUCAAAAGCACGGCCAAAGGAAGAGCCAGUGGUUGAAGAAAUCACUAUUCUUAAGGAAGAGGAAACACCGCGAGAAAUCACUACUGAGGCUGUGGAAAUUCCAGAUAUCACUGAUGUUAAGACUAUCCAGCGCACAGAUAUCAUCACUGAAUCUUUGGAAAGGCCUAAGGAAAUUGCUCAUGUUGAAUACAAGACAGAGGAAGUCGUUGAAGAGACAGAAACAAUUGAAUUGGCCAAGGUACCUAAGCCAAAGAAGCCAAAGAAAAAGAAGAAACCUGAAGAGGAGGAGGAAGUGCCAGUUGUGGAAGAGACAGAGCAAAUAGUAGACCUCACGGCGAAAGCACGGCUAAAGGAAGAGAAGCCAAAGGUAGAGCCAGUGGUUGAAGAAAUCACUAUUCUUAAGGAAGAGGAAACACCGCGAGAAAUCACUACUGAGGCUGUGGAAAUUCCAGAUAUCACUGAUGUUAAGACUAUCCAGAGCACAGAUAUCAUCACUGAAUCUCUAGAAAGGCCUAAGGAAAUUGCCCAGGUUGAAUACAAGACAGAGGAAGUUGUUGAAGAGACAGAAACAAUUGAACUGGCCAAGGUACCUAAGCCAAAGAAGCCAAAGAAAAAGAAGAAACCUGAAGAGGAGGAGGAAGUACCAGUUGUGGAAGAAACAGAGCAAAUAGUAGACCUUGAGUCAAAAGCACGACCUAAGGAAGAGAAGCCUGAGGAAGUACGACAAGAAAUUACAACAGAGGCAGUAGAAAUACCAGAUAUUGCAUACAUUAAAACUAUCCAGCGUACUGAUGUUGUCACUGAAGCUGUGGAGAGGCCUAAGGAAAUUACAGAGGUAGAGUACAUCACAAAUGAAGUCAUUGAAGAAACAGAAACAGUUGAUGUAGCUAAACUUAAGAAGCCUAAGAAGCCUAAAAGAAAAGGGAAGCCAGAAGAAAAAGAGAUUGAAGACGUUACCGUUAUAGAAGAAAUAACGGUUGUUAAAAGAAGUACAGUAGAGACUGCCAAGGACUUUAAAGAUGUUCUUCAGACUGAAUUCACACAAGCACAUGUUUCUGAGGAGUUAGUUGUCCCUGAAAUUCCAGAAGCCACAAGUGCCCACAUAAGCCUUGUUGAGAGCCGUCCUGUUGUUAUAGAAGAAAUUAGCAGUGAGUUAAACACUGAUGAACUGGAAACUGAUCAAAAGCCAAAGGAAGAGAGACCGCAUACGGCAUUAACAGAAAGUAAAGCAGUUACCAUUGAAGAAGCAUUCACUUCUGAAAUGCCGGAAGUUGUCAGUGUGCCUCAACAAGAAACACAUGAGGCAUCACAAAGUGUAAUAAUAGAAGAGAAGUCCCUUGUUGUUGAAGAGACCACAAGUGAACAGUAUGCUCCUGAAUUUCUUGCUAAGGCACCCAGAAAAAAGCAAAAGGCAAAAAAAGUCCUCGAGCCUCAGCAAUCUGUAGAAGUACUGGAAGCUGAAACUCUAUUGAGUACGCAAGAGUUAAAAGCACUGCCAAGAGAAAAAUACCAGAAGGCACUAGGCAUACUAGAGGAACAGUGUCUUGCUGUUAGUGAUGUAGGAGAAGAGGAAAUAGCAUCAGAAUUUGCCCCUGAUGAUGUCCUCUCGAAGGAAGCAAGCAAGACUUUGCUCCUCUUUCCACAACAUCAAAUUGAUGUGACAGAAGUAAUACCGGGUGUUGCCAGUGAGGAGCUUGUUAUUGAAAAAACGGCAGAAAAGAAAGGAAACUUAACCUUUGUUGAAGAGUCAAGAGAAGUUUCAACAAUUUUGGAGGAGGUUCCUGCAGAGUUCCAGUCUGUAGACAUUCCAACCAAAGCUCUUACAUCUAGAAUAACUGAAACAGCCAGGAGCUACCCACAGUAUGAAGAGCAGGCAGCGGAAUUUCACGAGGACAUACCUAUGCAAGCACAUGCUGGUCAAAGUCAUGUCGAAUUGACAAGAGGAACACCUGCAGUGCAUGAGGUAGCUACUGAAUUUUUGGCAUCAAUGGAAAGGGAAUCUGUUGCAUCAGUUUCACAUGUGGAGAUUCCCAGAGAAGUCACCACAACUGAAGAGAUGGCUGCUCAUUUUGAUAUAUCUGCACCAGAAAAAACACAUCUAACAGUCGAGUUCACAGAGGUUCCGCGUGACGCCAUUGAGAUCCAUGAGCACGCUGCGGAAUUCAAGGCAGAUACAGUGAAAUCAUUGCAGCCAGGAUCGACAAAUACAGGUGAUGUGAAAUCUUUUGUUGACACUGUAGAGAUGGCACCAUUAUUUGAGGCACCAUCAGUGAAGGAAGAAACCCUUGUGAAAGACAUUGUGGAUGUUCGAAGGGAGACUCUAUUUAUUGAAGAAAUACAAACAGAAGAGCAAACCCAUGAAGCUGGCCUUACAAUCAUUCCAGAGAAGAAAACUGCCCAGUCGCUGAAAGUCCUACCAUCAGAACACCUCUCCAUUCAGGUGUCUCAAGUGACACCAGAUCAUGGGAUGAGCGAGCUUCCUACUGAAGUGCCUACACAAAGGCAUCUCAAGCACUCUAUUGUGGAAGGAGUGUCCAUGACACAUGAGGUGGCCACUGUGCUUGAAACGGCUGCCGAACUGGAGGAAGCACCAGAUUUGACGAAGCAUGCAAAACCAGUGUUGGAACAAAAGCAGAGUAUCCUGGUUAAAGAUAUAGUUGCAGAAGCCUCUACUUCAGAUUCCAAGCCAACUGAAUUGCCAGAUACGCAUACUGCUGAGUUAAGGUUUCUGCCGCUGGCACCAAUUACUGUAGAGGAAAGUGGUGUGCAUAUGACAACAGGUGCCUUUAAGGCAACUCCAGUUGCUGAGGCUAAAGCUGAAGUAGGCAUGGCAACAUCUCUAGGAAUUCAAGUCCACGAAACCACACCAGGGUUAACAGGAUCAGAGUUAAAAACUGAGCCACUCCAUAAAGAAGUCAUACCAACCAGCACAUUCACCACAAUUGAGGCCCUCGCCAUAUCAACGGUGGAGACUGCUUUGAAAGAAGCUCAUGCCGACCAGUUCAAACCCCCAAAGUCAGUCAAUGCUUCACUCACGUUACUGACUGAAGAGUCUGUCCAAGUAACUGAAGUAGAAGCUAUGAGCAAGGAAGAACAUAUUGAAGUGCACCAGGCACCAGCACAGGAACUCAGUGUAUCAACUGUGGCACCAAACCGCCCUCUUAUUGUAUAUGAAACGGAAGCACUAACUUCAGAGGAGGCGCUACCUCAGGAUAGGGACCUUCCGACAACAAAAGCAAAAUCUGAACUUAUAACUGAUCAGCCACUACUAGUUUCAGAAGUUCCUGUUCUUAUGAAAGAAACCAACCUCCCAGGUGAAGCUAGGCCACCUACGUCCACUGCACCAUUCAGUAUUCCAACUGAACAACAUGUAUGUGUCACACAGGUUCCAGUGCUCAUAAAAGAGACUGAACUCAAGCUUGAGCAUAAGCCAUCAGGUACCAAAGCACCGUGCACUAUAGAUGCCCAGCAGCCAGUGAACGUUUCUCUUGUGUCAAGUUUCAUAAUGGAGGGAGAGUACACUCCAGAAAAAAUUCCAAGACAUUUAAAAGCUGAAGUCACAAUGCCAACCGAUACACCAAUAACAAUCUCAGAAACCCCAACACUGGGCAGAGAAGCUGAUUUAACAGUUGAAAAAGUACCACAAAGCAUUACAUCAACAAUGAAGGUGACAACAGAUGAGCCUUUAUCCAUUUCUGAACCUGUGAUAUUAGCAAAGGAAGAACACAUUGAAGCAUACUUUGAACCUAAGCAUGCUUCUGCAGAGCCAAUAAUUACCACCAGUGAAAGCUUGUCAGUCCUUGCUGAGCCUGCCCUCAUGAAAGAAAAAAUGCUUGGGCUGCGAGAGCAGCCAAAUGAGGUGACUGUUCCCUACACUAUCUCAACUGAACAACAUGUUGAGGUGUCUGAACACUCAGCUCUUGACAAGGAAGAAGUUCUGGAGCCUGGGAAGUUUCCAAAAGAGAUUACCGCUCAAUUUUCAGUUCCACUUGAAGAAUCUUUGACAAUCGAACAAACAGAUCUUUUCACUAAAGAGUCAGACCUGAAAGCAAAAGAACUCCCAGCAACAAUCACAGCACCAUUUACAAUUCCCACUGAGCAGCAUGUUGUUGUCUCAACAUAUAAAACCUUUGAUAAAGAAAAACUAUUAGAACAAGAAAAGCUUCCUGCUGAGGUAACAGCACCAUGUUCAAUGUUACUCGAAGAGCCUUUGACAAUUGAAGAUGUCAGUUUGUUUUUGAAGGAGUCUGAACUCAAGGCAAAAGAACUUCCUUCAGAGACUACAGCGCCAUACACACUUACAACACAACAGCAUGUUGUUAUUCAUGAAUGCAAAGCUCUCGAUAAAGAGACUGCAUUCCAUGUUGACCGCCCUCCAGAUGAAGUCACAGCACCAUACUCAGUACCAGUGGAGAUGCCAUUAACAAUUGAAGAGACUAGCCUUCUGGUGAAGGAGUCAGAGUUGAAACCAGAAAAACCAGUCACAGAGAUCACUGCACCUUUCACAAUAUCAACAGAACAGCAUGUUGCUGUGACUGAACAUCCAAGCCUUGAUAAAGAGGAACUAUUUCAGCCUGAAAAGGUGCCUAGAGAGGUCACAGCACCAUUUUCAGUGCCUCUUGAGGAGUCUUUAACAGUACAAGAAACAAGUCUUCUCACAAAAGAAUCAGAACUGAAGCCAGAUACAGUACCUGCAACAGUUACUGCUCCUUUUUCAGUGUCCACAGAACAGCAUGUUGUGGUGUCAGAGCAGCCAACUCUUGAGAAAGAAGAAGUUCGGCUUGAGGAACUUCCUAAUCAAGUUACGGCACCAUUUACUGUACCACUUGAAGAAUCAAUUAUAAUACAAGAGACAAGCACUUUGGCUAAAGAGUCUGAGCUAAAGCAGGAUGUGCUGCCAGCAAAGGUCACAGCUCCCUUCUCUGUCCCUACAGAAAAGCAUGUUUCAGUGUGUGAUCGCUCAAUUUUUGAAAAAGAAGAAGAAUUUCAGCCCAUAGUAAUUCCUAAUGAAAUUUCUGCACCAUUUUCAGUGCCACUUCAAGAGUCAAUAACAGUAGAACAAACAUGCCUCCUCACAAAAGAGACAGAGCUAAAGAAGGAAAAACAUCCUACAGAAGUCACAGCUCCCUUCUCGUUGCCCACAGACCGGCACAUUGUAAUAUCUGAUCACCCCACUUUUGAAAAGGAAGGAGAUUUCGAGCCUGGAAACCUUCCUGCUGGAGUUACUGCACCAUACUCUGUUCCAUGUGAAGAGUCACUGACAAUAGAAGAAACAAGUCUUUUGACAAAGGAAUCAGAACUAAGCCAUGAAAAACUCCCAGCAGAAGUUACAGCUCCUUUCUCUGUUUCCACUGAGGAGCACAUUGUUGUAUUACAGCUUGAAAAUCUUGAGAAGGAGGAAGAACUUCAGACUGAAAAAGUUCCAAGGAAAGUUACUGCACCAUUUUCAGUACCAGUUCAAGAAUCUAUAGCAGUAGAAGAAACUAGCCUGCUAACAAAGGAAUCGGAAUUGAAGGAGGACAAACUUCCACCAGAAGUUACAGCUCCAUUUUCAGUUGCAGCUCAGCAGCAUGUCGUAAUAUCACAGUUCCCGGCUCUUGAAAAAGAAGAGGACUUUCAGCCUAGGAAACUUCCUAGCGAAGUUACUGCACCUUAUUCAGUUCCUCUGGAAGAGUCCAUAAUGGUUGAACAAACAAACAUUCUGGCAAAAGAGUCAGAACUGAAAGAGGAAAAAGUGCCUGAAGAGGUUAUAGCUCCUUUCUCGGUUCCAACAGAGCAGCACAUUUUGAUAAGUGACCAUCCAGCUCUUGAAAAAGAAGUAGAAUUUCAGCCUGAUAAACAGCCUAAAGAAAUUACUGCACCGUUCUCAAUACCAUUCGAAGUGUCUUUAACAGUGGAAGAAACAAGUCUUCUCACAAAAGAGUCAGAACUAAAGGAGGAAAAAGCUCCUGCACACAUUGUGGCUCCCUUUUCAGUGUCAACAGCAGAGCAUGUUAUGGUGUCUGACCAUCCAACUCUUGAAAAGGAAGAGGAACUUCAUGCUGGAAAACUUCCUAAGGAAGUUACUGUGCACUUCUCUUUGCCAUUUGAAGAGUCGUUAACAGUGGAAGAGGCAAACAUUCUGGCAAAAGAGUCAGAGUUAAAAGAAGAUAAACUUCCUGCAGAAGUUACAGCUCCUUUCUCUGUUUCAACAGUGGAACACAUUGCAGUGUCCCGCUCUACACUGCUUGAGAAAGAAGAAGAAUUUCAGCCUGGAAAACUUCCUAAGGAAAUAUCUGCAUCUUUCUCUAUACCAUUUGAAGAGCCCUUAUCAGUAGAAGAAACUAGCCUACUGGCAAAAGAGUCAGAGCUAAUGGAAGAUAAACUUCCUGCAGAAGUCACGGCUCCAUUUUCUAUUCUGACUGAGCAGCAUGUUGUCAUCUCAGAGCAUCCAUAUCUCGAAAAAGAAGACAAAUUUCAACCUGGAAAACUUCCUGGUGAAAUUACUGCGCCGUUCUCAAUGCGUUUAGAAGAGUCUUUAGCAGUGCAGGAAACAAGCAUUCUGGCAAAAGAAUCUGAAUUACCAGAAGAGAAACUUCCUGCUCAAGUCACACUUCCUUUUUCUCUGCCAACAGAGCAGCAUGUCAUGGUAUCAGAGUACCCAACACUUGAAAAAGAAGAAGGUUUCCGGCCAGGAAAAUCUCCUGGAGAAGUCAUGGCGCAAUUUUCAAUACCAUGUGAAGAGUCACUAAUGAUAGUGGAAACAAGUCUGCUGUCAAAGGAAUCUGAAUUGGCUGAAGAGAAAGUUCCAACAGAAAUUACAGCGCCCUUCUCAGUUUCUACAGAGCAGCACAUAGAAGUAUUACAACCCCAAAACCUUGAGAAAGAAAGAGAAUUUCAUGUUGAGAAAGUUCCCAAGAAAGUAACAGCACCAUUUUCAAUACCACUUACAGAAUCUCUAACAGUAGAAGAAACUAGUUUCCUUACGAAAGAAUCAGAAUUGAAGGAAGAAAAACUUCCUUCAACAGUUACAGCACCAAUUUCAGUUCCUACUGAGCAACAUGUUGUGGUAUCACAGUUCUCAACUUUAGAAAAAGAAGAGGAGUUUCAGCCUGGGAAACUUCCCGGUGAAAUUACUGCGCCUUUCUCAAUUCCAUUAGAAGAGUCAAUAACAGUUCUACAGGCAAGUAUUCUUACAAAAGAAUCGGAGUUCAAAGAGGAAAAAGUUCCUGAAGAGUUUACAGCUCCUUUUUCAGUUCCCACGGAACAGCAUGUUGUCGUGUCAGAGGAUGCUACACUUGAGAAAGAAGAAGAAUUCCAUACCAGCAAGCUCCCUAGCGAAAUUAGUGCACCAUAUACAGUACUACUUGAAGAGUCACUCACAGUGGAGGAAACAAGUCUUCUUGCAAAAGAAGCAGAUAUGAAGGAAGAAAAACUUCCUGCAAAGGUUACUGCUCCUUUUUCAAUUUCUACAGGGGAGCAUAUUUUGAUAAUUGACCAACCAUCCCUUGAGAAGGAAGAAGAAUUUCAGCCUGGAAAGCUUCCUAAAGGAGUCACUGCACCUUUCUCUGUGCCAUUUGAAGAGUCCCUUACAGUUGAAGAGACAAACCUCCUGACGAAGGAGUCAGAUCUAAAAGAGGACAAACUGCCUGCAGAAACUACAGCUCCUUUCUCAGUUCUGACUGAGCAGCAUGUUGUUGUAUCAGAGCAUCCAUCUCUUGAGAAAGAGGGAGAAUAUCAGGCUGGGAAAAUUCCUAAAGAAGUCACUGCGCCUUUCUCUGUGCCAUUAGAAGAGUCCCUUACAGUAGAAGAAACCAGGUUUCUGACUAAGGAGUCAGAACUAAAGGAGGACAAAAUACCUGCAGAAGCUACAGCUCCUUUCUCAGUUUUGACUGAGCAGCAUGUUGUUGUAUCAGAGCAUCCAUCUCUUGAGAAGGAAAAUGAAUUUCACACAGGACAAAUUCCCGGUGAGAUUACAGCUCCAUUCUCGGUACCGUUACAGGAAUCAUUAACUGUGGUAGAAACAAAUCUUUUGACAAAGGAGUCUGAACUGGAAGAAGAUAAACUUCCUGCAAAAAUUGCCAUACCGUUUUCAGUCUCUACUGAGCAACACGUCAUGGUAUUGCAACAGCGAGCUUUUGAAAAGGAAGAAGGCUUUCAGCCUCAAAAGCUUCCAGCUGAAAUAACGGCACCAUUUUCGGUACCCCUUGUAGAAUCUGUUACUGUAGAAGAGAUAAAUCUCUUGUCAAAAGAAACAGAACUGAAGGAAGAAAAACAAGUUUCAGAAGUUGCAGCUCCUUUCUCAGUUUCUACUGAGCAGCACAUUUUGGUUUCACAGUUUUCAGCUCUUGAGAAAGAGGAGGAAUUCCAGCCAGGAAAACUUCCAGGAGAAGUCACAGCCCCAUUUUCAGUUCCACUACAAGAGUCAAUAACAGUUGAACAAACCAGCAUUCUCACAAAAGAGUCGGAACUGAAGGAAGAAAAACAAAUUUCAGAAGUUACAGCUCCUUUUUCAGUUCCUGCUGAACAGCACAUUUUGGUAUCACAGUUUGCAACGUUUGAAAAAGAAGAGGACUUCCAGCCAGGAAAACUUCCAGGAGAAGUCACAGCCCCAUUUUCAGUUCCACUACAAGAGUCGAUAACAGUUGAACAAACCAGCAUUCUCACAAAAGAGUCGGAACUAAAGGAAGAAAAACAAAUUUCAGAAGUUACAGCUCCUUUUUCAGUUCCUGCUGAACAGCACAUUUUGGUAUCACAGUUUGCAACGUUUGAAAAAGAAGAGGACUUCCAGCCAGGAAAACUUCCAGGAGAAGUCACAGCCCCCUUUUCAGUUCCACUACAAGAGUCAAUAACAGUUGAACAAACCAGCAUUCUCACGAAAGAGUCCGAAUUGAAGGAAGAAAAACAAGUUUCAGAAGUUACAGCUCCUUUCUCAGUUCCUGCUGAACAGCACAUUUUGGUAUCACAGUUUGCGACGUUUGAAAAAGAAGAGGACUUCCAGCCCGGAAAACUUCCAGGGGAAGUCACAGCCCCUUUUUCAGUUUCACUACAGGAGCCAAUAACAGUUGAGCAGACAAGCAUUCUCACGAAGGAGUCAGAACUGAAAGAGCAGAAACUGCCUUCAGAGCUCACUGCUCCAUUUACAAUCACCACGGAGCAGCAUGUUUUCAUCUCUGAGCAACCAUUUCUUCAAAAAGAAAAGGGAUUUGAGCCUGCAGGUCUUCCCAGUGAAAUCACUGCACCAUUCACUGUUUCUUCACAGGAAUCAGUGACAGUAGAAGAAACACGCUCCUUCACAAAAGAAUCCAUGCUCGUAACAAAAGAGCUUCCAAAAGAAACUACUGCUGUAACCUCACUCUCCACAGAACAGCACAUCGUAGUUUCUGAGCUUCCAACACUUGACAAGGAAGACGUUUUCCUGCCUGGCACACUCCCCGGUGAGGUUACUGCACCAUAUACUAUACCACUUGAGGAGUCUUUGACAGUACAAGAAAUUAGACAUGUUACCGAAGUUUCUCAGUUAGCAGCAAAGGAUUUUCCGAAGGAAAUUUCUGCACCAUACUCCAUACCCACAGAGGAACAUGUAAUAAUAUCUGACCAACCAACCCUGUACAAAGAGCAAGAUUUCCAGUCUGGUAAAAAACCAGGAGAAGUAACUGCACCUUUUUCACUGCCUGUUGCUGAGUCUUUGACCAUUGAGGAGACAAGCUCGCUGUUAAAAGAGUCCAAGUUAGACACAGGGAAACAACCAUCUGAAGUUAGUGCACUCAUGAUGCUGCCUACAGAGCAUCAUUUCACAGUAAUAGAGGAGCGCCCAUCUCUAGACAAAGAGGAGCCACUACAGCUUGAAAAAAUUCCUAGUGAGGUAACUGCACCUUUCUCAAUUGGUCUCAAAGAACCACUGACUGUAGAAGCAACAGAUUUUCUUCUAAAAGAAUCUGAAUUGAAGAUAGACCAACUUCCAUCUGAAAUAAGUGCACCAUAUACUAUACCAACAGAUCAACAUGUUGUCAUAUCUCACUUACAACAAUUUGAUAAGGAGCAAGAACUGGCACCACACACUGCUCCAGGUGAGAUGAGUGCACCAUACUCACUGUUACUAGAAGAAUCAAUAACCAUCGAAGAAAAACAAGUCUUUAGUAAAGAAUCAGAGUUUGCUGUAAAGGUGUCAAGCAAGGAGGUAACAGCUCCUUUUGAUAUUCCAACUGAGCACCACCUUGUGGUUUCUGAUUCGUCAGUUCUUGAAAAAGAAACUAUAUUUAGAUCUGAAGAACUGCCACACGAAAUGAAAGCUCCUUACACUUUGCCAACGGUGAUGUCACUAACAGUUGAAGAAACGCCUGAAUUAUCUAAAGAGUCAGAGUUGCUUUUGAAAAAGCUUCCGGAUGAAUCCCUUGCAUCUCUUUCUAUACCCACAGAAGAGCACAUUACUAUUGUUGAAACAGCUACAUUCUCAAAGGAAGAUGAAUUACAUACAAAAGAAAGAGAAAAGCCAGUUGUUGCUGAGAAAAAUGUGUCUACGCAGGAAACUAUCUCAAUUUUAGAGAUGUCUACAUUGACAAAAGAGAGUGAUUUGGCUUAUGAAAAAAUGCCAAAGCACAUGAAGGCCAGUUUUGUUCUAGAUUCUCUAGAACCCAUAACAGUGCAAGAGUUUAACUUUGGCCUAAUGGCUGAUGAAUUUUUCAUUAAAGAAAGACCUGAAGAAAUAAGCCCCAGGGACAUACCUCUUAUUUCAGAUGAAAUCAAGCAUGAAGCACAUGUCCAGGAACCUGUGCCAAAAGAUAAGGAACAAGUUAAUGAAGGUCUAACAAUACAAGAAAUAACAGAAGAAUCCACUCAACAUGAAGAGACUUCAUCAUGCAUUGUUGUAGAGGAAGAAAUAUUAGAUCAUGCAGAAGCAGGAAUUGAAGUGAAAAAGAAGACAAAGAAGAAAUAUGUCCGAUUUGAUGACACAGCUGGCGCCCAAGAAGUUACAGAAGUGCUACAUACAUUUACCAGAACUGCACCUGAAGGCACAUCACUUAAGAUAGAAGAUGUCACUGAAGAGUAUGAAAAUGCAUCAGAAGUACAAGAAAAAAGCAGUCAUGAGCCUAUAAUUGAAGAAUUUGAUGAGGUACAACCAACACAGAAAAUAAAGAAGAAGAAGAAAGAGAAGCCGGAUGAACAAAAGCUUACUGAAAUAACACUCCAUCCAAAAAUUGAAGAAACUGAAGAGGAGGAAACCACAUUGAAAGAAGUCACAGUACAAGAUGAGGAUAAGCAACCAAAAGAUAAGAAGAAAAAGAAGGUACCCAAGAAAAAGGAGAAGCCAGAGGUCACAGAGAUUGAACUAAAACCAAAAGAAGAAAUCCCUGAGGAAAUUCAGGAAGUGAUUGAAGUCAAAGAAAUUGAAGAGAAAGUGGAAGAAAUUACUGAAUUUGACAUCAAGAUUAAAAAGCUGCACAAACCUGAAGAAGUAAUCGAUAUAACGGUUACAUCAGAAGAAGUACCUCAGCUUGAUGUCACACAAGUGAUUGAAAAGCCAAUUGAACUCGAGAGCAUUGAGAAACCAGAAGAGCAGCCUGAAGAAGCCCCUGAGGAAAAGCCAGAAGAGCAGAUUGAAGAAAAGCCUAAAGAAAAGAAGAAAAGGAAGGUGGUUAAGAAAAAGGAAAAGCCAGAGGUCACAGAGAUUGAGCUGAAACCAAAAGAAGAAGCCCCUGAGGAAAUUAAGGAAGUGACUGAAAUCAAAGAAAUUGAAGAGAAAGUUGAAGAAAUCACUGAGUUUGACAUCACGAUUGAGAAGCUGCGCAAGCCUGAAGAAAUAAUCGAUAUAACGGUUACAUCGGAAGAAGUACCUCAGCUUGAUGUUACACAAGUGAUUGAAAAGCCAGUUGAACUCGAGAGCAUUGAGAAACCAGAAGAACAGCCUGAAGAAGCCCCUGAGGAGCAGCCAGAAGAGCAGAUUGAAGAAAAGCCUAAAGAAAAAAAGAAAAAGAAGGUGGUUAAGAAAAAGGAAAAGCCAGAGGUCACAGAGAUUGAGCUGAAACCAAAAGAAGAAGCCCCAGAGGAAAUUCAGGAAGUGAUUGAAGUCAAAGAAAUUGAAGAAAAAGUUGAAGAAAUCACUGAGUUUGACAUCACGAUUGAGAAGCUGCGCAAGCCUGAAGAAAUAAUCGAUAUAACGGUUACAUCGGAAGAAGUACCUCAGCUUGAUGUUACACAAGUGAUUGAAAAGCCAGUUGAACUCGAGAGCAUUGAGAAACCAGAAGAACAGCCUGAAGAAGCCCCUGAGGAGCAGCCAGAAGAGCAGAUUGAAGAAAAGCCUAAAGAAAAAAAGAAAAAGAAGGUGGUUAAGAAAAAGGAAAAGCCCGAGGUCACAGAGAUUGAGCUGAAACCAAAAGAAGAAGCCCCAGAGGAAAUUCAGGAAGUGAUUACAGUCAAAGAAAUUGAAGAAAAAGUUGAAGAAAUCACUGAGUUUGACAUCAAGAUUGAGAAACUGCGCAAGCCUGAAGAAGUAAUCGAUAUAACGGUUACAUCGGAAGAAGUACCUCAGCUUGAUGUUACACAAGUGAUUGAAAAGCCAGUUGAACUUGAGAGCAUUGAGAAACCAGAAGAGAAGCCUGAAGAAGCCCCUGAGGAGAAGCCAGAAGAGCAGAUUGAAGAAAAGCCUAAGGAAAAGAAGAAAAAGAAGGUGGUUAAGAAAAAGGAAAAACCAGAGGUCACAGAGAUUGAGCUGAAACCAAAAGAAGAAGCUCCAGAGGAAAUUAAGGAAGUAAUUGAAGUCAAGGAAAUUGAAGAGAAAGUGGAAGAAAUUACUGAGUUUGACAUCAAGAUUGAGAAGCUCCUCAAGCCUGAAGAAGUAGUUGACAUAACAGUCACAUCGGAAGAAAUACCUCAGCCUGAUGUUACACAAGUGAUUGAAAAGCCAGUUGAACUUGAGAGCAUUGAGAAACCAGAAGAGAAGCCUGAAGAAGCCCCUGAGGAGAAGCCAGAAGAGCAGAUUGAAGAAAAGCCUAAGGAAAAGAAGAAAAAGAAGGUGGUUAAGAAAAAGGAAAAACCAGAGGUCACAGAGAUUGAGCUGAAACCAAAAGAAGAAGCUCCAGAGGAAAUUCAGGAAGUAAUUGAAGUCAAAGAAAUUGAAGAGAAAGUGGAAGAAAUUACUGAGUUUGACAUCAAGAUUGAGAAGCUCCUCAAGCCUGAAGAAGUAGUUGACAUAACAGUCACAUCGGAAGAAAUACCUCAGCCUGAUGUUACACAAGUGAUUGAAAAGCCAGUUGAACUUGAGAGCAUUGAGAAACCAGAAGAGAAGCCUGAAGAAGCCCCUGAGGAGAAGCCAGAAGAGCAGAUUGAAGAAAAGCCUAAGGAAAAGAAGAAAAAGAAGGUGGUUAAGAAAAAGGAAAAACCAGAGGUUCUGGAGAUUGAGCUGAAACCAAAAGAAGAAGCCCCUGAGGAAAUUAAGGAAGUGACUGAAAUCAAAGAAAUUGAAGAAAAAGUUGAAGAAAUCACUGAGUUUGACAUCAAGAUUGAGAAACUGCACAAGCCUGAAGAAGUAAUCGAUAUAACGGUUACAUCGGAAGAAGUACCUCAGCUUGAUGUUACACAAGUGAUUGAAAAGCCAGUUGAACUUGAGAGCAUUGAGAAACCAGAAGAGAAGCCUGAAGAAGCCCCUGAGGAGAAGCCAGAAGAGCAGAUUGAAGAAAAGCCUAAGGAAAAGAAGAAAAAGAAGGUGGUUAAGAAAAAGGAAAAACCAGAGGAGCUUCCUAAGGAAGUUACAGAAGAUGUCACAGUCUCCUUGCUGGAAAAGCCGGAAGAGGCUCCAAAGCCUGAGGAGGCACCAGAAGAAGUCAAAGUGGAAGAGGCAAUACCAGAAGAGAAAGCUCCUGAAGAAGCCAAGAUUAAAAUUAAGAAGAAACCCAAAAAGCCAAAGAUUACUGAAGAAGCACCUGAGGAAAUUGUCAUUCUCAAGAAGCCAGAGGAAAAACCAGAAGAGCUCCCUGAGGAAGUUACGGAAGAUGUCACGGUCUCCUUGCUGGAAAAGCCAGAAGAGGCUCCAAAGCCUGAGGAGGCACCAGAAGUCAAAGUGGAAGAGGCAAUACCAGAAGAGAAAGCUCCUGAAGAAGCCAAGAUUAAAAUUAAGAAGAAACCCAAAAAGCCCAAGAUUACUGAAGAAGCACCUGAGGAAAUUGUCGUUCUCAAGAAGCCAGAGGAAAAACCAGAAGAGCUCCCUGAGGAAGUUACGGAAGAUGUCACGGUCUCCUUACUGGAAAAGCCGGAAGAGGCUCCAAAGCCUGAGGAGGCACCAGAAGAAGUCAAAGUGGAAGAGGCAAAACCAGAAGAAAAGGCUCCUGACGAAGCAGAAGUUAAAAUCAAGAAAAAACCCAAAAAACCGAAAAUUACCGAGGAAGCACCUGAGGAAACUGUCAUUCUCAAGAAGCCAGAAGAAACACCAGAGGAGCUUCCCAAAGAAGUUACAGAAGAUGUCACAGUUUCUUUGUUGGAAAAACCAGAAGAGGCUCCAAAGCCUGAGGAAGCACCUGAAGAAGUCAAAGUGGAAGAGGCAAUACCAGAAGAGAAAGCUCCUGAAGAAGCCAAGAUUAAAAUUAAGAAGAAACCCAAGAAGCCCAAGAUUACUGAAGAAGCACCUGAGGAAAUUGUCGUUCUCAAGAAGCCAGAGGAAAAACCAGAAGAGCUCCCUGAGGAAGUUACGGAAGAUGUCACGGUCUCCUUGCUGGAAAAGCCAGAAGAGGCUCCAAAGCCUGAGGAGGCACCAGAAGAAGUCAAAGUGGAAGAGGCCAAACCAGAAGAAAAGGCUCCUGACGAAGCAGAAGUUAAAAUCAAGAAAAAACCUAAAAAACCGAAAAUUACUGAGGAAGCACCUGAGGAAACUGUCAUUCUCAAGAAGCCAGAAGAAACACCAGAGGAGCUUCCCAAAGAAGUUACGGAAGAUAUCACAGUUUCUUUGUUGGAAAAACCAGAAGAGGCUCCAAAGCCUGAGGAAGCACCUGAAGAAGUCAAAGUGGAAGAGGCAAAACCGGAAGAAAAGGCUCCUGACGAAUCAGAAGUUAAAAUCAAGAAAAAACCCAAAAAAACGAAAAUUACCGAGGAAGCACCUGAGGAAACUGUCAUCCUCAAGAAGCCAGAAGAAACACCAGAGGAGCUUCCCAAAGAAGUUACAGAAGAUGUCACAGUUUCUUUGUUGGAAAAACCAGAAGAGGCUCCAAAGCCUGAGGAAGCACCUGAAGAAGUCAAAGUGGAAGAGGCAAUACCAGAAGAGAAAGCUCCUGAAGAAGCCAAGAUUAAAAUUAAGAAACCCAAAAAGCCCAAGAUUACUGAAGAAGCACCUGAGAAAAUUGUCGUUCUCAAGAAGCCAGAGGAAAAACCAGAAGAGCUUCCUGAGGAAGUUACGGAAGAUGUCACGGUCUCCUUGCUGGAAAAGCCAGAAGAGGCUCCAAAGCCUGUGGAGGCACCAGAAGAAGUCAAAGUGGAAGAGGCCAAACCAGAAGAAAAGGCUCCUGACGAAGCCAAGAUUAAAAUUAAGAAGAAACCCAAAAAGCCCAAGAUUACUGAAGAAGCACCUGAGGAAAUUGUCAUUCUCAAGAAGCCAGAGGAAAAACCGGAGGAGCUUCCAGGGCAAGUCACAGAGCAUGUCACAGUCUCCUUGCCAGAAAAGCCAGAAGAGGCUCCACAACCUGAAGAGGCACCAGAAGAAGCAAAAGUUGAAGAGGCCAAACCAGAAGAAAAGGCUCCUGACGAAGCAGAAGUUAAAAUCAAGAAAAAACCCAAAAAACCGAAAAUUACCGAGGAAGCACCUGAGGAAACUGUCAUUCUCAAGAAGCCAGAAGAAAAACCAGAGGAGGUUCCCAAAGAAGUUACGGAAGAUGUCACAGUUUCUUUGUUGGAAAAACCAGAAGAGGCUCCAAAGCCUGAGGAAGCACCUGAAGAAGUCAAAGUGGAAGAGGCAAAACCGGAAGAGAAAGCUCCUGAAGAAGCAGAACUUAGGAUCAAGAAGAAAUUCAAAAAGCCCAAGAUUACUGAAGAAGCACCCGAGGAAAUUGUCGUUCUCAAGAAGCCAGAGGAAAAACCAGAAGAGCUCCCUGAGGAAGUUACGGAAGAUGUCACGGUCUCCUUGCUGGAAAAGCCGGAAGAGGCUCAAAAGCCUGAGAAGGCACCAGAAGAAGUUAGGGUAGUAGAGGCCAAACCAGAAGAGAAAAGAGAAGUCAUUGAAGAGGAGGCUAAACUUACCAUUAAGAAGAAGCCCAAGAAAGAAAAAGUGACAGAAGAGACACCUGAAGAGAAAGUAACAUUAAAGAAAGUUGAAGAAAAGCAUGAAGCUCCUGAGGAAGUCACCGAGGAUGUCACUGUGAAAUUAGAAGAAAAGCCAGAGGAAGCUCCUAAGCCUGAAGAAGCUCCUGAAGAACUGACAAUCAAAGAGAAACCUAAACCAGUUGAGAAAAAGGAAGUUGCAGAAGAUGAGGCCAAGCUCACCAUCAAGAAGAAACCUAAGAAACCAAAAGUCAUUGAAGAAGCACCUGAAGAGACAAUGACAGUGAAAAAGCCAGAGGAAAAAGCAGAACGUCCUGAAGAAAUCUCUGAGGACGUCACUGUGACAUUAGAAGAAAAACCAAAGGAAACUCCAAAGCCUGAAGAAGCUCCUGAAGAACUGACAAUCGAAGAGAAACCUAAACCAGUUGAGAAAAAGGAAGUUGCCGAAGAUGAGGCCAAGCUCACCAUCAAGAAAAAACCUAAGAAACCCAAAGUCAUUGAAGAAGCACCUGAAGAGACAAUGACAGUGAAAAAGCUAGAGGAAAAAGCAGAACGUCCUGAAGAAAUCUCUGAGGACGUCACUGUGACAUUAGAAGAAAAACCAAAGGAAACUCCAAAGCCUGAAGAAGUUCCCGAAGAACUGACAAUCGAAGAGAAACCUAAACCAGUUGAGAAAAAGGAAAUUGUAGAAGAGGAGGCUAAGCUCACCAUCAAGAAAAAACCCAAGAAACCAAAAGUCAUUGAAGAGGCACCUGAGGAGACAGUGACAGUGAAGAAACCUGAGGAAAAAGCAGAACGUCCAGAGGAAAUCACUGAGGAUGUCACUGUGACACUAGAAGAAAAGCCAAAGGAAAUUCCAAGGCCUGAAGAAGCUCCUGAAGAACUGACGAUGGAGGAGAAACCUAAACCAGUUGAGAAAAAGGAAGUUGUAGAAGAAGAGGCCAAGCUCACCAUCAAAAAGAAACCCAAGAAACCAAAAUUCACUGAGGAGGCACCUGAAGAGACUGUGACACUGAAGAAGCCUGAGGAACAACCGGAAGAACGUCCAGAGGAAAUCGCAGAGGAUGUCACUAUGACAUUAGAAGAAAAACCAAAGGAAACUCCAAUGCCUGAAGAAGCUCCUGAACAACUGACGAUCGAAGAGAAACCCAAACCAGUUGAGAAAAAGGAAGUUGUAGAAGAGGAGGCCAAGCUCACCAUCAAAAAGAAACCAAAGAAACCAAAAUUCACCGAAGAGGCACCUGAAGAGACUGUGACACUGAAGAAGCCUGAGGAACAACCGGAAGAACGUCCAGAGGAAAUCGCAGAGGAUGUCACUGUGACAUUAGAAGAAAAACCAAAGGAAACUCCAAUGCCUGAAGAAGCUCCUGAAGAAUUGAAAAUCGAAGAAAAACCUAAACCAGUUGAGAAAAGGGAAGUUGUAGAAGAGGAGGCCAAACUCACUAUCAAGAAAAGGCCCAAGAAACCAAAAGUCAUUGAGGAGGCACCUGAAGAGACUGUGAUGCUGAAGAAGCCUGAGGAACAACCGGAAGAACGUCCAGAGGAAGUCACAGAGGAUGUCACAGUCACAUUAGAAGAAAAGCCAAAGGAAGCUCCAAAGCCUGAAGAAGCUCCUGAAGAACUGACGAUCGAAGAGAAACCUAAACCAGUUGAGAAAAAGGAAGUUGUAGAAGAGGAGGCCAAGCUCACCAUCAAAAAGAAACUAAAGAAACCAAAAUUCACCGAAGAGGCACCUGAAGAGACUGUGACACUGAAGAAGCCUGAGGAACAACCGGAAGAACGUCCAGAGGAAAUCGCAGAGGAUGUCACUGUGACAUUAGAAGAAAAACCAAAGGAAACUCCAAUGCCUGAAGAAGCUCCUGAGGAAUUGACAAUCGAAGAAAAACUUCAACCAGUUGAGAAAAAGGAAGUUGUAGAAGAGGAGGCCAAGCUCACCAUCAAAAAGAAACCAAAGAAACCAAAAUUCACUGAAGAGGCACCUGAAGAGACUGUGACACUGAAGAAGCCUGAGGAACAGCCGGAAGAACGUCCAGAGGAAAUCACAGAGGAUGUCACUGUGACAUUAGAAGAAAAGCCAAAAGAAACUCCAAGGCCUGAAGAAGCUCCUGAAGAAUUGACAAUCAAAGAAAAACCGAAAUCAGUUGAGAAAAAGGAAGUUGUAGAAGAGGAGGCCAAACUCACUAUCAAGAAAAGGCCCAAGAAACCAAAAGUCAUUGAGGAGGCACCUGAAGAGACUGUGACGCUGAAGAAGCCUGAGGAACAGCCGGAAGAACGUCCAGAGGAAAUCACAGAGGAUGUCACUGUAACAUUAGAAGAAAAACCAAAAGAAACUCCAAGGCCUGAAGAAGCUCCUGAAGAAUUGACAAUCGAAGAAAAACCGAAAUCAGUUGAGAAAAAGGAAGUUGUAGAAGAGGAGGCCAAACUCACUAUCAAGAAAAGGCCCAAGAAACCAAAAGUCAUUGAGGAGGCACCUGAAGAGACUGUGACGCUGAAGAAGCCUGAGGAGCAACCGGAAGAACGUCCAGAGGAAGUCACAGAGGAUGUCACUGUCACAUUAGAAGAAAAGCCAAAAGAAGCUCCAAAGCCUGAAGAAGCUCCUGAAGAACUGACGAUCGAAGAAAAACUUAAACCAGUUGAAAAAACGGAAGUUGUAGAAGAGGAGGCCAAGCUUACUAUUAAGAAGCCAAGAAAGCCAGAAAUUCUUGAUGAAUUGCCUGAAGAAAUUCCGACAGUCACUUUAAGAAAAAGGGUCUCAAGACCUCAAGCUCUUGAUGAUGUUAGUGAAAAGUUUACGCUACCUCUUCAAGAAGAAGCCCCUGCACCAAGACAGUAUGAUGAAGUUCAAGAAAUGUUCGAGCUGAAGGUGCCUCGUAAAUUUAGUGCAAUUGAUACUGAUUUCUCUUUAAAGGCAGAAAGUGAAGAUCAAGCUACACCAGAGGAUACCCUUCACCUUGAUCUUGCUUCCAAAGAGCAGGAACGCACAAUAACAGAAGCUUCAGAUGAAUUCAAGAUUGUCCUUCAGCAGCCUCAAGAUGAAGAAGAGGAUGUUGAAAUAAUUGAGUAUGUGGCAAUCACAACUUACAUCACCGAAGAGGAAGAUGGUUUGGACCUUGAGGAAGGUGAGCAUGUUAUAUUGGUGGAACGAAAAACUGAGGAACGAUGGCUUGUGCGAAAGACUAUCACCAAAGAGAAGGGAAUAGUUCCAAAGUCCAUCUUACAAGAUGUUGCUUCUUACAAUCGCCUGCUCGACCAAGUUUUGGAAGAAAAAAUUGGCAAGCUACCUGUAUUUGGGAAGCUGCUUCCUGGAGAAAAAAUGACAGCACCCAAGUUCCUUGAAAAGCCCAAGCCAACAGAGGCUGAGAAAGGAAAACCAGCAACGUUCCAGUGCAAGGUACAAGGUAAUCCACGGCCAUACGUCACUUGGUUCAAGCAAACACGAAUAAUAAAAUCAACAACAGAAUUUGAGAUUUAUUAUGAUGAAGAAAAUGUGAGCACCCUUGUCAUUAAUGAAGUCUUCCCAGAAGAUGCAGGAACAUACACUGUGGUUGCCAAGAAUCCAGCAGGCUUUGCAUCAUGCUCAGCUGACUUAACUGUGCAAGAAUUCAUCAGUGAGAAGACAAUCUCAAGACGCACAGUAUCGAGGUCAUCAUCACUGCUGGACAUAUUGGUGGAAGGAAUUCCUCCAGUUUUUUCAGCACCUUUGCGGCCUCACUUGAGGGUUGACGAAGGAAGCACGCUGACUCUUGUCAUAAAAGUCACUGGCACUCCCGAGCCGGAGGUAACCCUCAAGGUGAACGACAAACCCCUCAAUGAGAAAGACAAUAAGCGAUUCUCAGUAACGAAAACGAAAGAAGAUCACAAUUUCAUCAACGUGACAUUUGUCUUGAAAGAUGUGAAACCAGGUGAUGCUGGUACUUAUGAAGUUACAGCUGAAAACUGUGAAGGAACUGUAACCAGUCACAUUGAUGUCGAAGUGAUAGAGAAGCCCAAGGAAGAGCAAGAACCACCAAAAUUUACUCAGACUUUCAGUGACACAGUGGUUACAGAAGAAGAAACAGUAAGACUAAUUGUGAAGUACACUGGAAAACCAAACCCCACUGUGACGUGGUAUAGAGAUGAUAAGCCAAUACAUAAAGACAGCACAAAAAUUAUAAUUCAAGAGGAUGAAUCAACAUCCACCCUUGAGAUACCCAAGUCUGACGUGACUGAUACUGCAAAGUACACUUGCACUGCAUCCAACCCUGCAGGCAAAGUCACACACACUGCAAAAGUGACUGUGCAAGAACCAAACCUCACAUUUGUGGAGAAGCUUCAAGAUGUAGAGGUAAAAGAAAACCAUGUGGCCAUGUUCGUGACAAAGACAAACCGGCCAGUCGAUCAUGUCACUUGGUGCAAAGAUGGAGAGCCAAUUAAACUUGAAGAGCCACAGGACAAAUACCAAGCAAUUUCUGAAGGUCCUUAUCAGAAGCUUGUGAUCAAGAAUGCCAGUAUCAAAGAUGAAGGUGAAUACACAUGUGUCCUGGGAGACGAGGAGACAUCAGCAGACUUAGUUGUCAUUGAGCUGCCUCCAGAGAUAACCACCUUUAUGACAGACCAAACUGUUGCAAAGGAUGACACAGCUCAAUUUUUCAUUGAACUGACCAAAGGAGAUGCAUUGGUUCGUUGGUUCAAAGAUGGGAAAGAGCUGCAGUUCAGCGACCGUGUGAGACUAAAAAUUGAUGGGAAACGCCAAGUAUUAGUAAUUAAAAAUUCUGUUCUACAAGAUGCUGGACGCUACACUUGUAAAGUUGGCGAUCAGUCAUGCAGUGCUCGCCUCACUGUUGAACCCCCAUCUGUUGAGUUUACAGCAAGGCUACCAGAGAAGACAACUGUGCCUCAAGAUACAGAUGCCGUUUUUGAGGUGGCACUGUCACAAGCAGAUGUUGACGUUGUUUGGAUGAAGAAUGGAAAGCCCAUUCCAAUGGACCAACGCUUCAAAUUUGUUAAAGAGGAGAAGGUCAGGCGACUUGUGGUACCUUGUGUUGACAAGGAUGACACUGCUGAAUACACAUGCGUGGCUGGAAAUGUCAAGACUUCUACAAUACUUCAUGUUGAAGAUGCUGAUGUCGAAUUCACACUACGACUGCACGACGUGAUUGUCCGUGAAAGUGAUACUGUUACACUACUCGUUGAAGUGUCACGGGAGACACUUGAAGUCCGGUGGAUGAAGGACGGUGACUUAAUCCAACCAUCUGAAAAGGUGGUCGUUACAACAGAAGGGAAAAGUAGGAAGUUAAUAAUACGUGAGAGCUCAAUGGAUGAUCAAGGUGUCUACUCUUGUGUCCUGAAGGAUAAGAAGUGUUCGUCCUCUGUCCUUGUUCAUGCACCUCCAAAGAUUACCACGGACAAGCAAACCUUCUCAAGCAGAAAAGGAACAACAUUAAAACUACCCAUACCCUACACUGGCAUUCCACAACCAACAGCAACCUGGAAACUGAAUGGACAGCCACUAGAGCCAGUCAAAAACAAGAUCAUCCAAGAAAUUUCACCCCAAGAGGCAAUGCUGACGAUAAAAGACCUGCAGCCCACAGACACAGGAACUGUGACACUCACUCUCAAGAAUUCUUGUGGUGAAUGUAGCAAACCAUUUAAUGUCACUUGCAUCGAAAAGCCCAGUGCACCAGGGGUGCCUGAGCCUUCAGAUAUAUCCAGUACUGGCUCCCUUAUGCUGUCCUGGAAACCACCACAAUCUGAUGGAGGUUCCAAGAUCACAAAUUACAUUGUUGAAUACCAUGAUCGAAACACACUUCGUUGGACGCUCUAUUCUGACACCGUCCAGGACACCUUCACAAAAGUGGAGGGUCUGUCUCCCGAUGAAGAGUACAUGUUCCGUGUCACAGCUGAAAAUGAAGCUGGGAAAGGUGAUCCUUCUCAAGGCACUAAGUAUAUUCGUAUUCAGCCAAAAGCUGGGGAGCCACCAGUCAUCUUAGAGCACCUGACUGACAAGGCUGUUGGUGUGAAAAAACCAGCAGAAUUAACGUGCAGAAUAGCUGGGAACCCUACGCCUGCAGUCAAGUGGCUUAAAAACGGCAAAGAUCUCGUCAUGAUCAGCAACUUUAGUGCUGAAUUCAAAGAUCAGAAAGCUACACUUCGUAUUAAGGAGGCAUCUACAAAGUCAGGAGGAAAAUACACAUGUAAAGCAACCAAUCCACAUGGUUCUACAGAAACAACAUGCACGCUGUCUGUCCAAGAUCCACCACGGGCAGAAUUUGAUGAAAAACUUCAGAAUGUCCGCAUCAAUAAGCAAGAGGAAUUCAAGGUUCCCUGCACCAUUCAUGGAUUUCCAAAGCCUACCGUCACAUGGUUACGUGAUGGGGCACCCAUUCAAUCAACCAAGCAUACGCUCAUAACAGACAAAGAUGAUACUUCGACCAUUACAAUCCAUAGUACAGAGGGUCCAGAUUCUGGUGUUUAUACACUUGAGCUAAAAAAUCCAGCUGGAAGCAUCAGCUAUGAUUUCAAGCUCAGGGUGCUUGACAAGCCAGGUCCACCUGAAGCACCCAUUCAAUUCCUGGAAACUGCCGGAGACCAUAUCACACUAUCAUGGCAGCCACCCCUGGAUGAUGGAGGAUCACCGCUUACAAAGUACAUUGUUGAACGCUGCGAGACUACAAGAACAGUCUUUGUUGAGGUUGGCACAACACAGCCAGACACUACCACCCUCAGAGAUCCUGAUGUGAAUGAAGCGAGCGAGUACCUUUACAGGAUCUCAGCUGUCAAUGAAUAUGGCAUUAGCGUACCACUCACUUCUGAACCUGUACUGGCCCGCUGUCCAUAUGAUAAGCCAUCUGCACCAGAAGGUCCACUGAAGACUGCAAAGGUGACGGACAAUUCACUGGUAUUGACAUGGCAGGAGCCACUGUCUGAUGGUGGACGACCUAUAAUUGAAUAUACAAUUGAAAAACGUGAGGCCUCUAAGAAGGCCUGGAUUAAAGUUGGGACAACAGAGAGUUUGUCCAUGGAAGUUUCGAACCUCAAAUCAGACAAUGCGUAUAUGUUCCGAGUGACAUGUCGCAAUGAAAUUGGCAGCAGUCCACCACUUACAAGUGAUGAGCCAAUAACAGUCCAUGCCCAAAUACAGCCUCCAGAUGCACCCACUGGCCCCUUACGCAUCUCUGAUGUAACGAACAAAACUGCAACACUCACAUGGAGCCCACCAGCAUUUGACGGAGGCUCUCCCAUCAUCGCCUAUGUAGUGGAGCACCUCAGUGAGGACCAGGCAACUGCUGACACACCUAAGUGGGUGACAGUUGCCAAUGUGGAUGGAGGAACGACAACACAUCGUGUUGUGAGCUUGAGUGACAAAACCAGGCAUCGAUUCCGAGUUCGUGCAGAAAAUGUUGCUGGUACUGGGCCACCUCUAGAGGACAGUGGUGAAUGGCAGGCACUACCAGCAGCAGCCGACCGCCCAACUCCACCCACAGCACCACUUGAGAUCCUGGUGACUGGUCCAAACUCAAUGGAUGUUUCAUGGGGACGCCCAGAAUGGGAUGGUGGGUCUCCACUCCUCGGCUACACUGCAGCACUCAGGGAUACAUCACGGACAAUGUGGAUGGAGGUGGGCCAAGUAGAUGCUGAAACUCUGCGUCUUCACAUCAAAGACCUCGAGGAAGGGGCGCAGUACCAUGUACGCAUCUUGGCUCGAAACGAUGUGGGCUUCUCUGACCCACUUGAAUCGGAAGAGCCCAUAACUAUUUUACGACCCCCAGGAUUUCAAGAUCAAGCUGCUGCCUCACCAGAGAAGAAGCCAAAGGCGAAACCUGAUGAGCCAUCUGAGGACAGCUGCACGACCCAGACAACUUCAUCAUGGAUAAGGGAAGCCAAUGUUGAGCCCCUGCUUCACAGUUACACCAAACAUGUGUUGGUCAGCCGCAACGAGUACUUCUUUAGGUUGUGGCAUUAUGCUGACACACUUUUUAAGUAAGAUAAGAACAUUACUUAUUCCUUCAGUCCAUGCACCCUACACCUUUUCAUUCACAUAUGUGCUCCUUAAUUUCAAAACACAGAAUUUGGGUAAAAAAAUAAAAGUUGUGUAAAAAUAUAUUUAGAACCUCUAUACAGCGAAAGAUGAGUGAAAACCAACAUUUACUUUAAUACUGUGGGACAUCAUGCUGUGAUGUAACUAAGGUGCACCACAUAUCAUACAUUCUUCUCGCAAGCUUGUAUAUUUCCUUGAUUAAGUUGAGACAUUUUUUGUACCAUAUGAAGAGAGAAAAUAACAUAAUAAGUCAUUUUGUGAUACAAAGACUGCAAACAGCUCAUGACAGCAGUUUGCAGGAUGGCGUAAAUAAACAGUGUAUCCUUGCCUGUUUCAAUCUAAUCAAGAUGCAAGGAACACUGAUUUAUUUGUUUUGGUAACAUCCAUUAAAGCUGAAACUGGUACAAAGUUACGGUAAUCCUCACGGGUUGAAAAUUAGCCCGACUGUAAUUUUGAGUCAAUUUCACCUUCGCGGUCUUUUAUUGUGACAUGCAAGACUGUUUGUUAGUUGAAUUUUGUUGUUUGUGAAUAAAAGUUGUGUUGUUACUGAA